AUGAAGCAUCAGUCUAUCUCCCGGUGGCUGAGCCAGCUGGGUCUGCCGCAGUACUGCACAGCGCUGGAGCAGGAAUAUGACGGAGUAGAGGUAAUUCAAACACGUGUGCACACACAGAAACACAUACAUGGGUUUAUUAUUAAUGCUUGUUGUUUCAACAGUGGCUCAAAUAUGCUAGAUUCAUCAACCACUACUUCGUAUAACGCUCAUUACUGCGUGCAUUGUCAUGGUUGAAAUUUACAUAAAUAAAUCUUUUCAUAUCUCUAAAAAUACACGCUCUGGAGACCAUAAAUAUUUGUGAUAAAUUAGCAGGAUAAAUGUUGUUUAAUCUGGCCAAGGUUACUCAUCCUUUACCUACUUCUGUGCAUCGUCUUUGGGGUCAAACUUCAGUCAUCUCCUUCUGUUUUCAUGCACCUGCACCUGUCUUCACUUUGUAUUGUCUUUUCACUCACUGUAAACUACUUUAAACAUGCAUGAUCUUUGGGCUGGGCGAUAUGGCCUCAAAUCAAUAUCACGAUAUAUUGAGCAGUUCACCUUGAUCACAAUAAAUGGACGAUAACUACUCCACAAGCUGCUCACCCCCUCCCACAUUAACUUCACUACAACUUUCUCUCCGUCCUCCAUCUCCUCACCUGUCUUUUCCCUCUUUGUUACGGACUGGAUGGGGUGGAGUCACGUCUCUGAAUUUAUCGACAUGGGCAAAAUGACGUUGGUUAUUGUCGUCAAUUUUAGUGCUGGUAAAUUUUUGCUUUAUCGCCCAGCCCUACAUGAUCCUCUAACACACAGUACAUGCAACUAACUAUCAUUCACUGGAUAUAAAAGCCAAAAGGCUGUUUACAUCAGGGGUGAGUGCAAACAUAAUUUUUGUCUUUUGAAUGAUCUGACCUUCCAGGCGCUGCUUUCAAAGAGUAUUUCAGUGAAUGUCUGUGUUGCAUAAGAAAGUGUUUCUAUUCUGGUAAGACUUACUGCUGUCAUUAGGAGUGUUUCCCACAGCCGCCUUUAUAAAACUGUCUAAUAAAACUCCAUUAGACUGGAGGGACCGUGAUACACGAGCUGUUUUUAACAUCCCACCAUUAGCCAACUUUAAUCUGAACGCUGCGCAGACAUUGGCUAAAAGAGGAGACUGAUGAGCCAAUAAGACAUGAAUUAUUCAAUAACCGCUUGGUAAUGUUUACCCAGAAUGCAUUGGUGUCAUUAGUGGGAACUCUUGCAGAAAAGGAGGCGACAUAUGUAGGCAAAAAUGGAAACACAAGGACAAGGUGAGACAAGGAUGGGAGUCUCUACGAAAACCAGUCAUUUAAAUUAAAUUAUAUCAAAUUUCCUCAGUUUAGAGGAAAGUUUCAGUUUUGAGCUGAAUACAAGCUUCAAAUCCCACUCUGACCAUCCUCCAUGCAUGAUGGUGGCGUUAGCUCUCCUCUGCUGCCCUUUUUUAGGAUUUUAAAACAACAGUAUCCAGCUCAGUGCCUCUUAGACAUCCAGACUUAACACAACAGUCCAAUGAAAACCAACUCAGCCGGCAUCAUCAGUGUCAGCAGCAAAUACAAGAACAUGAAGGCUGUCUCCAUAUUUAUUAUUUAUUAGGAUUUCUGUGAUCAGAUCAGCUCUUCAGACAUGUUUGAGUAACAUGUGGCUUCAUGCACAGUUGAAAUUCCCACAUAGGGAUACUGUAGGCGGAAUAAUGUCAGAUACUUUUUGCAAUGCAUCUGCAGCUCUACACUUAGGUAGGAAUAACCUUAAAAAAUAUUUUGAAGUUUCAUGUAAUCUGAUAUAUACCAUAAUUAUAUCAAAUUACAUGGUUGCAGCUAAAAAAACAUGUUUUAUUACAUGGUCCUGACCAUAAUUUAUUAAACAAGCAGCUGAUUUAACAUUUUAUGGAACAGAGAUUUAAAUUCUGACUAACCGACUAACCUUAAUGUUCAGACAAACUCAGAAUAAAAUGAGCAUAAUUUAUGUAAAGACACUAUAAGAAGUUUUUAUCUGGUUGAGAAACAGACUGAAACUGAUACUGGUGCCCUUUAAUCCCUUCAAUUAAAGCUCAGUGAGGGGUUGAUUUCUACGAAAGAGGAUUGGGUCCACACAAAGAGAAAAAAAAACUUGAAGGAAGGAGUCUAAAGUCGAAAUUUUGAGAUUAAAGUUAAAAUUUUGAGAUAAAAAAAUGAAAUUAUAUCAAUAAAAUCGAAAUUUCAAGAUUAGAAAUUGAAAUUUUGAGAUUAAAGUCGAAAUUUCGAGAUAAAAAAUUAUCAAAAUGUCAUGAAUAAUGUUGAAAUUUUGAGAUAAAAACCAAAAUUAUGAGAUUACAGUCGAAAUUUAGAUUUAAUUCACGUAAUUCCGAUUUUUUUUUUUCAUUUUGACUUUUUAAAAUUUCGACUUUAAUCUCUAAAUGAAAAUUAAAAAAACUCCCUCUUGUAAUUAUUUUUUUCUCUUCUUGUGGCCCUAAUCUUCUUUCGUAAUUUCCGACCAGAUGUCCAACAGCAAGAUGAGAAAACUGCCUCUUCAACAUUUUUCCAUGGCUAAUACUCAGAGUGAGUGAAAAACAUUGAUAAAAGACAGCAGGAUGACAUUUUAACAUGACAAGAGAUAAGAGGUAUCACUUUGUCCACAGGGGGGCGCCAAAACCAACACAAACUGAAAAGUUCCUCACAGCAGCUUUACCUGCAGAUUCUAUGAUUGUGUGUUAAACGCCAUAAACUGUCAAACUGGGCUAAAAUAUGCGAUCUGUCAUUUUUGCUCGCUUGCAAUCGGAUAGUAGUCGCCAUAAAUUGCAGCUACAGCUCCUGCUAGUGGCGACAGGCUGCGCUACAGCUCAGAAAACCUCUAUAUAAAAAAAUACGAUCAUAACAGCUGCAGAUACACCCUCUUACAACAACACAGAGUUAAAGAUCAACUUCACCGUUCAAGUCUUUAUCUUUAUUUAUCUUUAAGUGUCGUCUAAAACCUCAGAGCUCCAUCUUUUUUAUUCCCGACCAUCUUUAUAACUUUAUAACAACAGUGAGGCCGACUAAACCAGCACUGACAGCUGCUGUUCAAACUCUGCAGAGGCCUGUGUGAGAGCUGAGUUUGUUGUGCAGCUCUGAGUGAUCCAGAAAAGAAAGAAUAAAGAAAACAUGUCAACCUGCCGCUGAGCACGGAGGGAGACGAGAGAGACACAGAGAGGAGGAGAGAUUAUGAGAUAGAUGAGGUUUGUGAUACGCCAGCCAUGUCUCACACGUACACACACACACACACACACACACACACACACACACACACACAUAGAGAGUCACGGGGUGUGUGUUACAUGUGUUAACAUCAGCAGAACUAAUACAGUGUUGUCUUCUGUAACUCUCUAACACAUUAUUACUGAGCUGUCCAGGCUUGUUGACUGUAAUGACCGCCUGCACAUGUGUGUGUGUGUGUUUUUUGUGCCUGUGUGUGUGCUGGUAUACACUUGUUUGUUAGCUUUAUGCAACAGUUUUAUUCCAAAAGCUUGAAUAUUUUUUAAUGAUGCUUUUCAGCAACUUUUGCGUGCACAAAUUUGUGUGUUUGUGCAGCUUUGGCUACUCGGUUAUGCAGGUAUGUGUGUAGUUGUGAAUCUGUUCCUGGCUGUGAGUGCCUCAGAGUGACUGUAAUUUGAUUGUGCGCUGUUUCAGUGUGUGUGUGAGUGUGUGCGUGUGUGUGUUUAUAUUCAUGGGUUUGCCCACUGCACAUGUGUGUAGUCUAAAUAGAGCUGUGUUUGUGAUGAACUCAGAGAAUGGUCUUAUUGUUUGGAAAUGAAAACAACGAGGUCUUAGUUUGAGGAUGAAGCCUCCUGUGAUGAUACAGUGUGUGUGUGUGUGUGUGUGUGUGUGUGUGUGUGUGUGUAUGUGUGUGUGUACGACAGCUCAAAGUUGAGUUCUGGUUCAAAGACUCGUCUGCGUCUGCUCCCUCUUUAGGCCGUUUCAGGGUCGUUUGUGUUAAUAUCAUGUUGUGUGUCGAAGUGAGGCAGGUUGUGUUUGUUUGUGAGUUUAAGAUGAUGGUGUAAUGACAGGAGGACGAGGAGAGGACGAGGGGAGGAGACGGCACACUUUUGGAAGAAAAGAGGUCACCUGUAGGCUCAGCUCAAUCUAACCUCAUAAUCCUCAAACAGCUCAGUCAGCGACUCAGAAUACACAGAUCAGGGACACUCCUGUAGGGCUGGGCGAUAAACUAAAUUUACCGAUACCGAAAUUUAUGACAAUAUCAACCUCAUUUUGCCAAUAUCAGUAUAUUCAGUGUAAAAUGAAUAAGUAAAUAAAUCAAAGUUUGUUUUGGAUGUGUGUAGGUAGGCUAUGGUCUCAUGUCCCUUUAAGACGCUGGGUUACGUCAGAGACGUGACUCCACCCCUUCCAGUCUGUAACAAAGAGGGAAAGACAGGUGAGGAGAUGGAGGACGGUUCAAAAGUUGGCGCGGCUGAAGUAGACGAAGUUAAUGUGGGAGGGGGUGAGCAGCUUGUGGAGUAGUUAUCGUCCAUUUAGCGUUAUCGAGGUGAACUGAUCAAUACAUCGUGAUAUUGAUUUGAAGCCAUAUCGCCCAGCCCUACACUCCUGACAUUUAUCGUCAGUGAUGGCCAUUAAUGGGUCCACAUAUGCAGGAUUAUCAGUCAGUGUUUGAUUCCUCUGUAAAACACAAAUGUGGAUUUUAUUUUGAAAGAACCAACUUCUCUGAUAGGUCAGCUGUCACCAUAUCAGGUCGUCACCUUACAAUUAUUGUGGCCCAUAAAUAUCAUGAUAACAAUGUUUAUGAAAAUCUUUAUAACAACAUAGAAAGUAAAAUUGAGAAAAGGCAAAACAAGGGUGGAGCAACAGGAUUUAUGUCUUUGUAUGUUCAUGAAUUUUACUUAGAAACACAAUUAAGUCAUAUUUUAUCAUCUAUGUUGCCUUGUAAAACGGUUGUCUGUUGUGCUUCCUGUCUUGCUUUAGUUCCUAUGUUGUACACUGGGCUUUUAUUUUGAAAUUCCUGAUAGGUCGCACUAAUACUGAACUGAAUGAAAACAGUGAAACAGUUUUAUGUUUUCCAGGACCUGCUGCACCUUUCGGAGUACGACCUGUUGGAGCUGGGAGUCCACAAUCACCUCCACCGCCUGCACCUUCUCACUUCCCUGCGCCUCCUCCAGGAGCGAGAGAGGAGGAGAGGUACACACAUACACACACACACACACACACAAACACACUCACUCACACAUGCGCAAACACACUCAGUGUUGACCAAACAUUAUCUUUCUCUAUCUGCUGCUCCGGUUUGUUGACUCCGGCUCCGUGUUUCCCUUUGUGGCAGACAGAGACACAGAGACAGAUAGCACCAGCGUCAUGUGUGGACAUGUUAAGGCCUGGGGGGUCUCUCAUGGUGGGGAAGGGGCCGUCUGCUGGAGGACAAUACUCUGUCACACAAACACUGAACAUUUCCAAAGCUGUCAGUAAACAGGCAGAAGAGUGCUGAGGUCUGCAGUCCUGCUGGGUUUAAUCUAUUCUACAAGUGUGUUUGCGGGCAUGAGUGUGUGUGUGUGUGUUUGUGUGUGUUUGUGCGACUGCUUUGUUUGCCCAGUUUCCCAUGCGUUAUACUGAGAAAUCUCGCUGUUGUCUUGGCGACUAAGCUGUGCACAAGUCCAGUUUCUAGCAAGUGGUCCGUCUGAAGCCUUUCUGCAAAACUGGGACAUUUAACCUGCUGACCCCUGCAGACAUUUGUUUCUACAUUAUAUUUUUGUGUUAUUGCUCCAGAAUCUGACUCUGAUAUUUCUGCAACAAAAACAAAGCAUCACACAUAUUUUUCAGAGGAUCCUCACACCUUUCUGUAAAUUCGAUAGACCUUCUCCGGCGAAGUGUCUUAAAAACAAAAACAGACCUGGAGCUGCAGUGUGUAUCCAAAACAUUCGCACACAGAGCCGUGUUUGACAGGACUCCGGCAGCUUAAUUUUUCUUGCUAAUCCUUUCUUCAGUAGGAGUGAAACAGCGCUGGGGGUUAUUCUCUAAAACGGAGAUAACAAAAGUUUGAAAACAGCCAGAAAAAUGUUGUAAAAUAAGCAGCAUAGGCGGUGAUAUCAGGCUGUACAGAAGGGGAAAAGGCCCUGUGAGAAAACCCGUGUAGAGGCAGCAAAUAAGUCAUAGUCAAAUAAGUACCUCCAGGCUCUUUUGAUGCACAAAUGACUUGAAUAAAACAUGAAGUAAACUGCUGCCACACAUCAUCCUUUUUCUGAGAGCGUACAUUUUCACAUUCCUGAGGACCGCCGGCGGGGCCCCGACCUGCAGGUUGAGCACCGUUGCCGAGGUGAAACAACCUCUAGUUGAAAUCACUCAGUCACCAACUACCGUGGUAUUAUCUGUCUGCCUGGCAGCCUGCCACCCCUGUCAUUACCACGGGGCCCAGAUCUGCUCAGCUAAUGGUAUCCUACACACACACACACACACACACACACACACACGUGCACACACACACGCGCGCACAUAUACAAGCAUCCUCUAAAAAUGCCAAGUCAACAUUCGACCCAGAAAAGAGCAUUCCUGAGAGAGCACCUUCAGGAUAAAACACAUAAUCACCCAGACUCUGCAUCCAGGCGCAGGUUCAUUUCAUCAUAUUACUGCUCUUGGCUGCAGUAUGUGAUUACGUGGCUGGAAUAAGACUGUGUGUGUGUUAGUGCGUGUGUGUGUUAGUGCACUAGGUACUUUCCCGGUUGGCAGGAGAGAAAACGAGAUGCUCCAAUUAAACAAUUAGAGGGUGAAAUAAGAGACGGCGAUGUGAAGCCUUAUCCCAUAUUUCUCAUAUUUCUCAUAUUUGCGGCUCGUUUGUGAUCAGGAUAUUCAAAGAUGAACACGACACUUGCUUGUAUUUCUGGUCGAGGACAGAACAAAUACGUUAUUUCCUGAUGUAACCUCUAAUUUGGCUCAUGUGCUGUACAUUUACUCCGCUGCUCACGUCUGGCAUGGAUGUUUAACCUAAUCAAGCACCUGGCUCUGGUGAAAUAUUAGUUUAUGAAUGCAUCUGCUUUCAUGCACUGCAAAUGUGUAGAUCAUGCACAGUCAUUAACAGAGCUCUGCCGGUCAUUCAUCAUUGUUUACAUCUCUCAUGAGCGUCUUUACUCUGCUGACAAAAUCAAUAUGAACUCACAAAAAUGAGCUCGUCCAGUAUUUCUUGUUGCUGCUAUUAAAACACACAAAAAGAAAUGACUGUUAUCUUUAUUUUCUGACAUUUUCAAUAGCAAAUAAAGUGAUAUAUAAAUAUUAAAAGACAACCUAGGAGAGGUUUUUGGUAAGUAGAUGUGGAGUAAACAGAAACAGGACAGAAUAAGCAAAGGGAUGAGUAUUGUAGCUUCACCACAGGGGGCGCCAAAACCUAAACAAACACACAAUUUUGUCACACGUGCACAAGAUAAGACCCUUAUCAUACUUUUUAUGGUUAUUAAAAUCAAGUUAAUCUUCAGGAAUUCACCACCAUUUGUUUUUAAAUCUAAAAUAACUUAUUGAUGCAUGACCUUCCUGACAAACCUUAUUUAAUAAGCGCUUAGAAAAUAAUGUUUUUUCAUAUUAACUAACAUUAAUAAAGACUUAAUUUAACUUGUCAAAUUGAUAGACCUGUUUUAAAAAUGUAUUAAUGUUAGGGAUGCAAAUUUAAAGUGUCACUUAAACUAAAAAUGCAGAUUUUUCCGAGACAAAACUAAUCCCUACAUCAAAUUAUUCUCUUUUUUCUUUGUGUGUGUUUAAUCUCAGAGCUCCUCAUGGGUUCAGGAAGGAGAAUAGUCACAUAAUAAUCUAUAAUUAACUCCAUUCAUUCAUUCAUCAAUCCAUUCAUUCACAAACUUGUCUCUCUGGACUCCAGCAGCUGUCUUCAGGUCAGAUCUGCUUUGUAACUCAUGAACUAUACGAGCUGAGGAAGUGUGUAAUGUGAAUACCAGAACACACACACACACACACACACACACGCCUGUGGUCCGCCAUGCUAAACAUGGACCAGCAGGAGUUUUACAUUGUUUAUAUGUGUGUGAGAGAGAGAGAAAGAAGCAGCAGGUGUUCAUGCAGACAGCUUGUUUGCUUGUUUGUUGUCACGGUGGAUGGGGAUGUUGCCAUGGUGACAGCAUUUAGUCUGUUUGUGAAGUAGUUUGAACAGAUUCCUCUUCACUUGUAUGCAUUAAGCCCCAUUUAGAUCGAUGUCAAUAGAUACAUUCAUGAAAACCCCAGAAUAUCCUCUGUCCUUUUUUCAGUCUGCUCCACUUCCAUUUAAGAUUACACUUUUGUCGGAUCUAAACACAACAGAACAAACUGAACCAGGAUAAUCUCUAAAGCGAAGGUGACGGACUCAUCAACAUGACCCAGAGUUAAUACUGAGUGUACUAUAAACAUGUCCCUCUGUAUGUAUGUCAGGAACACCAACAGAGCAGUCAAGGUUACUGUGUUUAUUCAGCUCAAGGGAAGAUGCUGUUCCCAGAUUCAGGCUCAUCCAAGAUAAGAAGGACUGAAAUAUUUAUCCAAAGAGGGACAAGUGAAGUCAGGACAGUAGUUUCAUACCAGUUUCAUCACUUAUGUUUUAUUUAUUUUGGUUUGUUUGCAGAUAUUUAACUGUUAUGGAUGUUUUUUGUGCAAAUAUUCACUCCUGUCAUUUCCUCUCGUCUUGUGUAACUUGAGCUGCUAAAACUUCUCAUACUGCUAGUUAAACAUUGUUCUAUAAAUUGUUGUUGCUUCUUGUUUUGGUUGUUAUUAACACACACAUGAAUCACUUGUUUUGGGUCGUGGAGAUCAGGGACUGAGGCAGAUAACACCAACGCUACAAGAGCGGAGCUGCAGGUUCAGGGGCGGAGACAGGUUAUAGUUAGGGGUGCUCCAGCCCUAAAGGAGACACCCCCCCUCCCUUUUAAAUUAGACAUGUAGCUUUAUUUUCGGUUCAGUGUUUCACAUCAUCUGUUAGUGCUGUAGGUUGUGACUUAGGACAAGUGUUUUUGAGUCCUUAACGAUGAACGCCAAGAAAAGUUAGACUUUGUUGUUGCUGUUUUCUGCUACUACUCACAUAUUUUUAUAGAAAGACCAUACGUCCUUUUUGGGGGGGGGGCUGUUCGAGCUGUCCAGCCUUGUCCGGCUUUGUCCGGGGGAGUUUAUAAAAUUCUUCAAAUGUCUGGGGUUUGUAUGGAAGUUUUGAAUUUGUUACAUGUCAACUUACUGAGUUAGAAGUGCAUAAAAAACACUCGAUCUGACCCGUAAAAGUCUCAAAAUUAACUACGCAUGACUCCGUUUCGUCCUGUCCUCUUUUUGGGGAUUCAGAAUAUGGUCACCCUUUAUAAUAUCUAUAACUAAUAUUGAAUAUCUUUAACUUAGCCCAAUUUUUAUGGCUACAUUUUCUAUUUUACUCGGUAUUUUUCGUAGCUAUGAUAGCCUACGUUAGGACAUGACUUGGACUUGCACCCAUCUCUGAUACAAACCACAUCAAAACUUGUCGAAUCAAAGUGAACUCCAGACUUUUGCACUCAAAAUCAUCUUUCAGGGAAUCAUAAUUGACAUGAAUAAGAUAAUUAGUGAAAGUAGUUAAAUUAUUGAAUCUGAACCACCCCAAAUUUUAUGAGACUUAUGUAAAAAUCGCUCUGGGCUGCUGCAUGUUUCAACCUUCACAGUUACAUAAGAAGUACUCUCAUCAGGUUUUGCUGUGAAGUGAUGUUGAUUUCAAUAACUGACAGGAAACCUUUCCACAGAAGCUAUCACCCCAUGAGUCAUAAAAAAUUACAGGAUUUCGCUCCACCUGAGCACACUUAGACAAAACAUUUACCUUUUCAAUUGUAAGACCCCGAGGCUGCAGCAGGUUGGAGGAAUGAGGAGUGUCUUAAACAUCUGACUGUUUAUACGUCACUCUUUCUAGAUCAGAAACACACACAGACAUGAAAUAGGUCUAUAAGGGCGAACAGGGAGUGGAGGACGAGGAGAGCAGGGGGAGGAAAACGUUGGUGGAAUGAGGAGGAGAGUGGAAGAUGAAAUCUAGAGGAGGUUAUGUUUAGAAAGUUCAUCAUGCCAGCGAGAAAAAGCAGAAAUAACCAAGAAGGAGCUGAAAUGUAAAGUGUUGGUUUACAUCCAAAUAUAUGCAGGUGUCAUCCUCUUUAGGUGGGGCAGCCAAGCCCAUUAACUUAAUGGUUUUGGGAGCCCAGCGCCCGGAGGUGGAUUGGUGGUCAGUGACUAUAAAUGAGUGACUCAGCAGGGCGUAGUGCCAACACGGUGUGCCAAAUGAGGGCUCGGCCUUUAGACUCACAUUAACAGGAAGAGCUGGAAACGGUCGCCUGAGUGUGUCAUUCUUCAAACUGGUUUUAAAAAAGUAAACAUUUUGAUCUGCAGACCGUUGGAGAGCCGCAGAUUAAAUCUUGAUCUUGCUGGCUUCCUGUCCGGUGUGGCUCACUCUGUACACAACAUAACACUCCUAAAAAUACCGUGGUGUGUUCACAGUGGGGGGAAAUCCACAGUGGCUUUACUCGCUUCUGCUUUUUUAUGCCAGUUUUGAAUGAAUCAACACCUUAGACUGUAUCAUCAUUACUUAUAUUUUAAAAAAAGCACAAUCACUCAAAAGUGCAUCCUGACUAAAGCAGACUUUAUAUCAGACUUAUUCUCUACAAGAGUUUGUGAUAUUAACCUUGAGUGUAAAUCGAACUGUUGAAUGUGGUAUGAAGCUAUCAUGUCAUGAUUAGAAAACAGAGAGAAUAAUUACAGGAAGGAGACUGAAGUUGAAAUUUCAAGAUUAAAGUAAAAUUUCUAGAUUAAAGUCAAAAUUUUGAGAUUAACAAAAUCAAAAUUAAAAAUUGGAAUUUUGAGAUUAAAGUCGAAAUUUCAAGAUAACAAAAUGUUGAAAUAUUGUUAAUAAUGUCAAAAUUUCAAGAUUAAAAAAAAUUUAAAUUUUGAGAUUGAAGUUGAAAUUUAGAGAUCAAAGUCGACAUGAAGUGACUCAGAAAAGGAGAUUAAAAAAAUCUCCCUCCUGUGAUUUUUUCUUUCUCUUCUUGUGACCCUAAUUCUCUUUCAUAGCAUUUUGAUGUGAAUCCUGAUGGGGAUUGAUAUACUUGUGGAACCAGCCUCUAGUGGCCACUCAAGGAACAGCAGCCCCUGUUUCUGCCUUAGACGAGAGAUGCACUUGCAGUUAACUAUGAUUAUGCACAUACAUGAUGGCUGCCAUGCUUCCCCUUUAUUAGUUUAGUGUGUUUGCUCUGCACGAAAAUUAACUGCAGUCAUGAGGUGCAAUAUGCACAUGAACAGUAGGGGCAGUAUAGAGGCGAAAGGGACAACAAUUGCAGAAAGUUUACUUGAUAAGCUGAAGGACUUGGUAUGCUGAUGUCCUCAUUUAUUAAUACAUGGCUGUCAAAACAACUGGUAGGAGAUAAUUUCAGUUUAUAAAUCCAGCAGUUGCACACAGAUUAAGCUCUCUAGUGCGCCCUCUAGAGGUCAGAUGCACAGUGCACGGUCGAGGACGUAUAUUUACAAUCAUGCAAAAUUGCACACCUUAUUUUUCAUCUCAGAGGUUUUCUUAAAUGAUGUGAUGGCAGGCACCAUACUGGAAGUGGCAGCUCCAACAAACCUUUGAACAGUCCAGUAGUGGUGACGAGGUGAAGCUGAGGUUGACCUUUAGUCAGCCUGGGAAACAGCUUCAACACGCCUUACUUUCAACCAACCCAGACACGCCUCUGAUCCAGCCUGAUUGUACAUAUUCUGUCAUCAAGAUGAGGGAAUUCGACAAAAUUUAGACAUAAUCUAAGAGGUGUUGCCAUUUGUUCAACACUGACUCAAACUAACUCUCAAUGAAGAGAAACCAGUUAAAGGGUGGAGGAGUCUCCUGGUACACAGUCACAACACAUUCACUUACAAGUCACAUCAGCCCAGCCCCUUAUUGUAAAUAAUUAUGCACUGCUCUUAGCUCGAAUAAAAGAAAACCACAGAUUUAUUUAAAAAAUUAGCCUGAUUGAGUUUCACCAAAAAAGCAAUGAGCUAAUUUGGCCAAAACUGAUUUUAGACCAGGUGGUUAGGAGGUUAAUUUCUGCUGAUAUUUGGGUUUUAGUGUUAUUUUGUUAGUUAUCACCUUAGCACUUGCCGUGAGCCUGCUUAUUUAUAUAUCGGUUUAUUUCUUGCGUUUAUGUAUUUUUGCUCGCUCUAUGGUGUUCUUUGCUUGUUUUAUUUGUUUUUAUGUCUUAAUGUACUACUAAUGUUCUAAUACAAGGCCUAUUGGGGGUUUACUCACAUUUGAGCCAGCCCCUAGUGGGCAUUCAAUGAACUGCAUCAUUGGGCACCAGUAUGUCUCUAUUUGUUGUUUCCUGCUCAAGCUUGACAUUACCAUUACCAUCCAUCACCAUUGUACAGCUUCUUUUUCCUGGUUUGCAAAGCCCAAGUAUUAAUAUUUGGACUCAAAAGUGUCAGCGUACCUCCACACAAACGUAAAGAUGGAGGAAUGUCUGUAGAAAAGUCUGUUCUUCCAAAAACAAGCCGAUAAGAUCCCCCUUCACAACACAUCAGUCAGGAAUUACAGUUUUCUGCUGAGACGACAAACCCCUUCCUCCCUCUUUUUGGAGGGUUUCGGUGAUUCAGAAGAUAAUGACAGAUUACUCUCCUGACUCACUGUACACCUUCCUGGAAAUACCACCCUCGCACAUAUAAACAUGCCAAGUAUUUCACGUGCCUGUGUGACAUAUUACCCAGUUAAACUCAAGGAAAAUAUGAAAUUCUCCUCCAGCUGGGUUAUUUUUACUCCCUAACAGUCCUUUUUACCUCCACGGGAGUCCAGGAGAAGCAAGGGUACUUGGGUUUGGCAUUUAGGAUCUGAUCCUUAAAAUCCAACCAGAAGGAUUGGAUCACCAUGAGCUAAUGCCUUCAUAUUAUUACGCUGAUUUAAUCGACCACAUGUGACUCGGCUUUCUCUCUGUUACUCUGUAAAAACGUGAAAAUACCUGAGUGUGAGCACAAGCAGAGCCUCCAGCAGAUUUUCAGCUGAAGUCUCCUGACUCUGAAGCCGUAAAUAUAAGUGUGACAACGAAAUAUGAAUAUUGAAUUUCCCUUAGGGCAUCACUUAAGUUCUUCUUAAUUACUGCAGAUGUUCAGAAGUCUGAGCGAGGACUGAAUGUACUUUUACUCAUUGGCUUUUAGUACAUUGUAGUGUUAAUUUGUUUUUAGUCAUGCCGUUGGAGCCUCCUUAUUUAUACACUUAUUUAUUCUUUUGCAUUACUGUAUUUCUGCUUGCGUUAUCUUGUUUUUUAAUUUUUCAACUUUUUAGUUCAGAAAAUGUUUGAAAACCGUGGUAAGAGUCACAGCUGAGAAUCAACAGAGAGUAAAUUAAAGCUGCAAAUGUGGAAAAACAGCGAAACUGUUUUUUACUUUUUCAACUUUUUAGUUCAGAAAAUGUUUGAAAACCGUGGUAAGAGUCACAGCUGAGGAUCAACAGAGAGUAAAUUAAAGCUGCAAAUGGUGGAGAAGCUUUUUAUUAAUAAGGAUUCAGAAUUAAUCUCGUUUAAAGUCACAGUGAGGAGUAACACUAACAUCAGUGCCUCUUUAUGAUCUAUAAAAGCAAAUCAGACCAUCAUCUUAUCUGAUUAUAGAUGUCAGACAAGUCCAAUGGCAGGCUAAAGAAACCUUCUUAUUUUUAACUUAGUUUCAUAUUUAUUGAUGCAUUUGGCUGUCACAAGAUAAAGGUUAGACUACAUUCAUAUGUUGAUAUUAGCCAAGGAUUUACACAGAUGAAUUUGUCUGCAGGAGGCGCCAAAACCGACACAAACACAAUCGUAGAUCGUGCCAGGCAAAGAGGUAGAAGUUAGAGUCAACUUUUGUGUGCGAACUCUAUUUACGUGCUUUUAUUCAACCAGUCACAUAAUAAAAAUUAACCAAGGCAAUGUCUUAUUGCAUAUAUUUGCAAGUAUUUCAGAAACAUAAAAAAAAAAAAGAAGUCAAGAUGCGAAAUCCUUAAGAUGUUUCAAGCUUUUUGAAGAGAUUUUGGAUAGUUAUAGGACAUACUAAAAUUAAUGCUGAUGCCACUAAAAGCAGGAAAAAAAUAAGACGGACCAGGAAGAGUGAUUUUUCCUAUAAAUAUAAAGUUUGCGUUAAUGUCUGUAACUGCUAGCUAAGGGUUAGCGUCAAGGAGGAGAUUAGCAAUUUGCGGAAAAGCUCAAAUUUACACUUUUCACAGCAAAGUCUCUGGAUAAGAUUUAUUGUUUUAGCUGUUUGAAAGGUGGGAAGGGGAUUUUUUAAUGAAAACACCCCCACACCUGUUCAGAUCAAGAUCAGCUAAGUGAUUAGUGUCCACUUUGUCCAGAGGGGGCGCCAAAUCCAACACAGAUCUGAAGUUCCUCAUUGGUGUUUUGACUUUUAAUUGAUGGUCACUGCAGGAAUGUGCUCAAGCAUCCAAACCCCAGUUAUCAAAUGAUGAAUUUAAGGGUCCUGUGCAGAGCCUUCAGUUGGUGUCAGUUUUGGCGCCCCCUGUGGACAUUUUUUUUGUACUAAAGUCGUGUCUUCUUACAUAAAAAUCUCACCAUGGCGUGCAAACCGGCCAGUUUCUUCCCUCGUGCGCUGCAUGAUCUAAACAAAUGGGAUGUCAAGAUCUAAAGCCUUACAUCAGUGUGUGUGUUUAUGUGUGUGUGUCAGAGUGUGUACGUCCAGUGAAGGGCUGUCUAAUCAUCUCAGCUUUCAUAGCAGCAGGAUGGGCUCCUUGUAUUGUCUAGGAGGAAACACACACAUAUACACACACACACACAGAUACCUGCACACACAUGCACGUGUCUGGGUGUUAUCAACUCUAGACAAUACAGAGGAACAGGAGGACAAAGACGGGGGUGAGAGUCGUCCUGAGGGCCAACAUGACCUCAUACCUGAUGUUAAAGCACAAGUAAAGCUCUCCUCAUCCUGCAGUAAUGAAAUUUAACAUUUUUUACCACUUUUUCACCUCAUAAAUGAAUGCAAAAAGUAGUCUGAAGUCCUGGCAAUGAGCUGAUUUAUGCUCCUGAGUCAAGUAGUUAAACCCCAUGAGUCUAGAGUGCACCUCAAGUUGCUCAAACAUGCCUUAAGAGGGCCGUGAUCAGGUUUUUUUCUCCCUCAUCCCUUCUCUGCAAAUAGCAACAUUAGGUCACAUCUAAAUCUUCUCUAAGCACCGGACCAGUCGGUGGUGUUUGGCGUUAAGAGCUCCCAAACAAAAAGACUUGGAGGCAUGAAAUAUGAGGCUGUGCAGGGAACACUGAGGAGUAGGAGGAGGAGGAGGAGGAGGUGGAGGAGGUGGAGGGAGAGUUUUGUUCGGUGCAGGGUUUGAGGGGGGUUUAAAAAGAAAGAAAGAAAACUCCUCCCAAACACAGCAGAGCAGAAGGAGGGGCCGGGCGCUCGCAAAUCACUCCCCAGAGAGAGAGAGAGAGAGAGAGGGGAGAGGAGGGCAGGGCUUGUGAUUGUGCUACUUGUUGUUGCCUGUCUGAAGGAGUGCGAGUGUGUCGCCUUCCAGCCGGUCAGUCAGAUCCUCAGUCAUUCAAACUCCCUCUGAUAUGGAAUAAUAACUCUGAAAAAAGCUCAAGAGACUAAAAGAGAAACAAGAGCAGAGGUCGUGGAAAGGAGAGGAGGUCACGCUGACAGGUAGGAGAGUAAAUCUGUGUGUUUAUGUGUGUGUAUGUGUGUAUGUGUGUGUGUGCAUCCAUAAACAUCCAUGUAGGUGUGUAGGAAUGUGUGAAAGCUGGUGACACACUAACUUUACGGUCAUCUCCACUUUUUGAAGAAGUUUUUGUCCCCGCUGUGGUAUCAUCUCUGUCGUAUCUCUGUUUACUUGGUUGCACUGACAUGGGGACUUUUUGAGCAAUGUGUUGCCAUCCCAAGACACUGGGUGUAACUGUGGUUGCUGGGAUUGCUGCUGCUGGUGUGGAAAUUCCUGAAGGAAAUAAUUACAUGAAAUGUGACAGAUAAGAUCGAGAUUUAUCAUUGAGAUGUGAACUCGUGUGGAGGGCAGUUUGGUUAUUCUGAGGUUAAGAUUUUGAGCUUUAUUGUGUUUGAAUAGUUAAAUUUUUGUCGAAAUGCGGUGAGUGAUGCAACAAAAUUAUUUGUGUCACCUCAGUAUUAGGGUUACCAAACGAUUGUUAGUGUUGUGUAAUAAUCUGACAAACAUUUUCAUCAUAGCUGAUUGUUUAUUAGUGAGUUUAAUCUCCUCCCAGAGCAAAAACAGACUCCUGCUGAUCACUGAUUUAGUGAAAAACUGACAUAAAUAUUCACAUAAAUCAGGAAAAUCUUACUUCUGAUUUAAAGCUUCUGUGAGGAGUUUUUAAUUACCCAAAGAACAAACUGAAAAUGUCACUAAUGUGUCUCUAUGACCUUUGAAGGCAUAUGAAACUGUUCACACAAAAAUUGACUGUUUCUUAUUUUUAUUUUUAUAAAUCUGAAGCAAUUGGCGGGAGGUAGGAGUCAGUUAAAGUGAUGAGACGAGUUAGCAUUGUCCACAGCAAAGUUUUCUGUUGAGUCUCAAAUUUACAAAAGAGGGUUAGAGCCACAUGAAGAGAAAAAGAUAACUAUCUUGCAGUGUCAACUUUCAUCUCAAAAUUUCUUUUUUUAUUUAGACUUUGUUAAAUUUCGACUUUAAUCUCAAAAUGGAAAUUUAAAAAAUCUCCCUCCUGCAAUAUUUUUUUUCUCUCCUUGUGGCCCUGAUCCUCUUUCGUACAUAUUUGAUUGUUAGAAUAAGCAGGAAUGAAUCUUAGUUAGAAAAAUACUAAAACCAAGAAUGAACUAAAAUGCACCAAUUUGUCCACAGGGGGCAGCAGAAUCAACACAAACUCAAAGUUCCUCACAGGAGCUUUAAACCAGGGCUGUCAGGAUUUCAGAUUUUUAACCUGCUAAAUGUGGCCACGCGUAAAAAAAGACAACUAUGAUCUUAUUGCAAAAAUUUAAGAAAAAAAAAGACUGAGAACUGAUAGUCUGGAAACCUAAAUAUUUUACCAUACUUCAUUUUUCAUUUACCAUACUUUUUAAGACCUGGAAAUUGAUCAAAUUACUUCCAUACUUUCCAUACUUGUGUAGGAACCCUGAAAUAAACAGACGGUCUCAUUAUUAGUGUAAAGUGUGUGCAUUACACCUGCAUUUCCAGCAGGUGUGUGGUCAACAAAACUGUCCUCCCUCCCACUCAAAAGAGGGAGCUGUGAUUGUGUUGCAUUGUCCUCAAUUAAAUGUGGUAUCUUCAUUGGAUUUCAGAGGCUUUAAAGUUUUAUCUAAGUGUCCUGAUUUUUUUGACAGAAAGAGACAAAUUCUCCAAAAUGAGAGAUUUUUCCUACCUGACACAAUCGUACAGGUGGGCUUUACAUAUUUUUUUUGUCUCCAAACAGUCAAAUCAGUUUUUUUGUUUCUAAAAUUCUCACUCUAAUGCCACCUUUGUCCUCCAAAAUCACUAAAACUGAAACUUUUCUUUUGAUCGGCUUCUGUUGAUUUACUGCGACCCUCGGGCAACAAAACCAGAGUGAUUAUUUUUUACCUGUGCAAAGUUACGUAAUGAGGGAUUAGUUUCUGAUUUCAUAACUCAGCUUUUUUACUAAUCAUCCAGCUGUGUGAAAAACUUGAUUCUGAUUGGUCCAAAGUCUUCCACGAAAACUAGAUCACACACAUAACGCUUAUUGCAUCCAUCCUCCUGUGCCUGUUGCCACUGUGGCAAAAACAUGUUUCUGUUAAAACUCUGAUUGAUUGUAGGAUGCCUAAAAAUUUGAUCCACUCAUCAGUUUCGGUUUCCUUCACAAGUCAAACCACACUAAUAUGUCCGUUACAUUGAAGCAGGUUUGUCCUUAUUUACUGUAGCACUCCAAAUGUAAGACAUGACACGAUGUGACUCAGAGACCGCGAGGCCCCUGACCCCCAAACCGACUCCGACAGAUUCUUUCUCAGAAGCACUCUGACAGGUUAAGUGAAGCCGCUCAGGUUGAAGUCCUGACCUCGAAGUUAUGAGAACACGUCUUUAAACAGCAACCACCCCGUGAGACGAUGACAGAGGCUGACAUAUGUGUGCAUCUGUGUGUGUGUGUGAAGUGUUGAGUUUGGUGCACGUAAACACACUCAUGCAGGAGGUCGUUUCAGACAUUAGUCAGAGUCGGGACUGAAAACAAACCUGCAGAUUUAACCGAACGCUGUAUCAGGUCAAAUAGUUUAUCAUGCAUGUUAAACAAGAGGAGCAGCAAAGCAGAGGAAUAAAGAGAAAUGAAAGUCAAAACAAUUAGUUUCUACUCCUUCAGAAAAUGCUGCACCCUUUAUUUCUCCCUUUUCUCAUUUUCUAUCAUCUUGUUUUGUGCAUUUGCAAAUUUUUCAGUCACUGCAUCCAUAUGAACCAUCCUGUAGACUUUUUUCAUGAGGCCAUAGCUUGUAUCCUUGCUGAUUUGUCAGGGUGAAUACUUGAAAUACAGGGAAGCAGAUGGCCUGUUUAGAUAAAACUCACCUGUAAGCGUCUGUGAAGCUCGUUGAAUACCUUCUUUUUUUAAAUCCAGGAAUUUCAGGAAGUAACUUUAUUACCAAGUAUGCUUAAAAUUGACUGCAAACGCCAAGGAGCCUCCAUUAGGCCUCGUGAAACUCUCAAUGUCCUGAUAAUGAGACUCUAAAGGCGUGGAGUUUUGCAUGAAAUCGCUUAUUUACGGUCUUGACUCAGUGGACUGACAGGUGGAGGCCUCUGCAGCCUCAGCUCCACCUCUGGACUUGUUUGUAGAAAGUUAAGUCUUUUAUAUCAUCGGUUGAUUCUGUUAAAGAUGGCAGAUAUCCUAAUCUUGUUCCCCUCUGUAUGAGGAAGCUUUGUUGGAGUUUAAACUGACUCAGUUGACCGCGAUCGGACUCAAUCUUCUGAUCUGGCGCUCAUGUCGUGUUUGUGUGUGUGUGUGCGGUGUUUACUUUUUUUAUCACAAAACCAGAAGUUCCAUUUACAGACUUUUAUUUCUGCUUUAUUCGUCAGAUUUCAAAUGUAUUUUUACUCCAUUGAGGAUCUUCAGUCACCUGCUACUGCACUCAGACAUUUUCCCACACUGUCCAGCUCUGCGUGUAACAGAAGCUACACAGAAUGAGAGUGUGUGUGAAGAGGACAAAUAUCCAGAAAUAUUAAAGGGCGACUUCAGCUGUGGGAUUUAAUAACAGCCUUAUUAAUAUGUUACACACACACACUCUCUCUCUCUCUGGUGGGCCCACGCACUGAAGAGCGCAGUAGGACACCUCUCCCUCUCUCUCUAACAAAGACCGGCUCUGAACAGCGGUCAUGUGACAGUUGUUCCCAUUGUUCACUUCUGGCCAGGGGUGGUUUUACUAAUGCACUGGUGUGUGUGUGUGCAUGUGUGCAUGUGUGUGUGCAUGUGUGUGUGUGUGUCUUAGCAUGCCAAAGCAGGAAGACACUUAAAGCCCUUCCAGAGGAAAGCCCUCUUUCCCAGGCGUGUUGAUGUUAUUUUCUCGCUCUAAGGAGGAGUGGACUUUCACGUAAAUAUGGACUCCUGUCUCCUCCGACUGAACGGGACCUGUUGAUUCACUUUAAGGUCUCUGACACCUGGUGGAUUUCUUCAGCGGAUUAGCGGCUAAACUCCUCAAACCCGUAUUUAAAGGGAAAAUUGUGUCUUUAAAUCCUGUGAAAUAUAAAUACAGAAGGAAAGAAGGGAUUGAAAAAGAGGAAGAGGAGGCGUUUAUUUGCAGUUUUCUUCAAUAAUGAGCUGCCUGCUGUCUAAAUGUUUAUACUGCUGUUUCCUCUUCCUGUUAAUCUGCUCUUGUUUCCCACCCAGAGACUUGUGUGUUUUUUGGGGAGUGUGUAAGUGUGGCUAAGGCCUCGAGGAGCGUCAGAGUGAAAGCAAAACUCACCCCAGACUUUUAAUCAUACAGUCAAGGACAAAACCUGUAAUUAGUCGAGGGUGAGGGUCCGUCAAAAUGAAACUUUUACCUGCCAUUUCAUUUUAAAUUCAGCUUAACUGAAAAUGAAACCCCUUUAAUAAAACUGACUUCCAGUUAAAGGUUAAAAAGUUCAUGUAAACCUUAUAUGUGAACUACGGUCCAGGGCAUUGGAUAACUGCAAUCUGACUGUCGGAGGUUUCUUUUUUCACAUAAUUCCAUUAGAGAGAAUGAUUUACAAAUCUUAUAUCUCCAUAUGGCUUCAUAAAUUCCUUGUUUAUACACAGAUUCAGAUGCAGAAUCUGUUUUCAGGAGUCUGUUUUUGUUGCACGUUUGCAGCCCGAGUGUUAUUGACCAGUCUGGAAUCUGCAGAGUUGCAAGCGUAUGCAAGAAAAACUGACUGCAUGUUAAGGCUGGGCGAUAUGGCCUCAAAUCAAUAUCACAAUUAUUGUCCUAAAUUUCAGUACCGGUAAAUUUUCAGUUUAUCACCCAGCUCUAAGUUUCUACCUCAGCCGCUGUCUCUCUCCGUCCUCCAUCUCCUCACCUGUCUUUCCCUCUUUGUUACAGACUGGAUGGGGUGGAGUCACGUCUCUGACGUAGAACAGCGUCUUAAAGGGACAUGAGACCAUAGCCUACCUACACACAUCCAAAACCAACUUUAUUUAUUCAUUUUUUUAUUAGGUAAACUUUCGGUUUAUCGCUCAGCCCUACUACAUGUUACAACAUCUUUGCACCGAUCCGAGGAUUUAUUUAUCUCUAAAAUGUAGACAUCUGUAUGUUUACAGGACUGACUUCACACCUGAGUUGAAAAGUCAGAAAGUUGCGUCUGAUAUUACAAAACAUAUCAGCAAAGUGCACGAUAGAUUGCACGCUAAAGCAAACUGACAAAAUACCCAGAGAUAGAAUUUACACUUUUGCAAAACUCAGAUGCUCCAACUUCAGGAGGUGUCCCGUCUGAUGGGAAUUUCCAGCAUGUAAGGAGUCAGAAAUGAUCGAUCUGACCUCCGUUUGACAAAUCAACAAUCAAAAACUGUUUUAUUCUCCUCUUAAGGACAGACCUGACAAAAUCUGAGUUUUUCCUCUGCGGUGUGAUGUUAUUUCUGCAAACCGAGGAGCUUUAAAUUGAAAGUAAAUCAUAGGAAAACGCCUCUGUACUCUGACUCCAUGAUGACUGAACAAUGUGCUCGCCAUCUCUUUCAACCCUUCUGUGUAUCUUUGUGUGAGAUGUAGCUUGCGGUGGAACAGCUGUAGGAAGAAGAGGAUGAGACAGGCUGAGAGAAAGAGGGAUAAAAGUCUAUUAUUAGGAGAGGUGGAGGGACAAAGGAGUAAGAGAAGAUGACAGAGAGAGGAGGCAAAAGAAGAGCUGACAUCAUGAUGGACAGACAGAAGGAGGGAGGGGACGUCUGAUGGAGGAGGGGAGGGGACGAAGAAAAGGAAGAGAAAGAUGGAUGAGUGAGGGAUUUGAAUAAGAGGAAAAUAAAGAAGAUGGAGAGAGUGGAGGUUAAAGUGAUAGAGGAGGAGAGAGUGAGAUAUCUGUAUCUGAUAUCUGAUACGUCUGAAUCCUCAUGUGGAAGUGCUGUAAGUCUGUGUUUUCACUCAGUGAGAGUCUGUCCUUUCUCCCCUGUGUUUGUGUGUGUUUGUGUGUGUGUAGGGGGCAGAUGGUCAGGGCCACACACACUCACAGCUGACCAUCCCUCAGGCUCUUAUAAUAGGUCCUGCUCCUGUAGUGGUUCAACCCCUCAGAGGAAUCCACACUCUGACCCAGCAUGCCUUAGCAGGACUUUUACACUGUCUUUGUGUGUCUGAGUGUGUGUGUCUUUGUGUGUCUGAGUGUGUGUGUCUGUGUGUGUGUGUGUGUGUUUGUAUGAAGUUUACUUGUCUUGAAGUGGCCAGCUGCUCCUCUCCCUAAAACCUGUGUUUGCAUUUUUAUUGACAUUCAUCAUCACACACUGGUGACCCAGUUACCCUCCUGUGAAGUUGGAUUAAGUCCCAGUUUAUAGUCCAUUCAGGGUUUCCUGCUCUGUAGUGGGGCCUAUAAAUCCACACUUAAAUCAUUGAAUAUUCCUAAAAGAUUUAAUGCACCAAAAAUAUGUAUUUGCAAUCAUUCUGGUCUUACUGGUGUGGUUGAUUUGACAUGAUAAAAAAAGUCCUUUUAGCUGAAGUUCUGCUUAUAAUUGAUUAAUAUAAUCAUGUAACAAAGAAAACACAACACUUAAAUGAAAAGUGACACACAACUUUAGACAAUUCAACCUCUAACAAAGCUGAAGUUUCGUCUUGGAGAGCCAGGCCCUAAAGGUUUUUGCACACUAGGUCUGUUUUUGUCGUAUGACACUGCUGCAGAUUUUCUGGCAUUUCUGGUAUUUUGCAGAUCUUAUAUUUACAAUACAUUAAACAUUUUAGUUUGACUGUAAACGUGCUCAAUUGAACUGACAUACCUGGUUAUUGCAGAUGGGAUUGAUUUUGUCUUUCAUGCAUGAUCUUCUCUCCGACUAAAUCUGGUCUGAGCGCCCUUUGCACGCUCAAGAGUCGAGAGAAAUUGAUGCAUUUCUACGAAGCCGGGUAGUAAACAAAACCUCGAACUAUAACAUGAACACUUAAUAAACACUUAAAAAGAGGGCUGUAAUGAGUAGUAAUAAGCGAGAAGGGAGCAGGUUCCUGUCUACAAGAACAGUGGUCCAUUUAAAUCGCCUAAACUACAACCAUAACUCGACUUAACUGUGUGUGUUUAAAGGUCCUGAGUGUCUCCUAUCUCAGACGUCCUGUCGCUGUCCUAAAAAUUAGAACAAAACAGAAGCUGUUUUUAAUUUUUGUCAUGAAGAACAGACCAAGAAUAAUCCCAGAGAUUACGGCUUACAUUUUGAGACAUUUCUUUUCAGAUGAGGGGAAAAGAAACAUGCAGUAAAAUUUAAAUGCAAUAAAGAAAGUGUGCGAAAAAUUCAAAUGUUCCCAUGUCAGAGGAGGUGGUGAGCAGCUUGUGGAGUAGUUAUCGUCCAUUUAUCGUUAUCGAGGUGAACUGAUCAAUAUAGCGUGAUUGUUUUGAUAGUUGUGAUUAUUAUAAAAAGUGAUAUCAGAGCGGCUCAGGAUGAUUCUCCAGCUCUUUUAUGAGAACAUGGAACUUUUCAUGUUGUUAAAAUAACCACAACUUUAAUUUUCCCGAUGAAUAGAAAAAUAAAUGCAUCACCUCACUUAAAAACAAGGCUAAAUCUGGCAGAGCUAUUACAGCGCCAAACCCCGGAGUUUCCUCUCCCUCUGCACUUUCUCUGAUCACUAUCAGCUUGCACAAACACAGACACAAUAACAAACACCGGCACAGCUACUCCACUCAGAUUCUUGAAUCAGAAACAAGAUCAGUUUAGGGAAUCUGGAACUGUCCGGUCUGUUUUUAGUUUGGACAGUCUGACUAACUCCUGCCUGCUGACUGAUUCAGAGCAGACCACUCAUCAUCACACAGGAGGGGAAUUUAUCGAGGACGUGUCCGCUGUUUUCCAUCACUGUCACGUCCAUCUCGGAGGAUUCAUAUCUGUGUCGUGUCCCUCACAGGGCAUCAGCUUCCUCGUGAGAAAUGAGUCCGUCUUUGAUUUUAUCUGACAAGUUCAGGAACAACAUCCUCAAAACGAAUACAGUGUGAAAUAUAUAAGUUACACACACACACCGCCAUUGUGAGGAUGAGGUUACUUUACGUCCCUGCAGCAGCCGGUGUGUGUUUGACUGUAUCUGAUGUACAUGUAAACGUGUGUGUGUGUGUGUGUGUGUGUGUGUGUGUGUGUGUGUGUGUAUGUGUGUGUGUCGUGGUGAGGUCAGCGAGGGCGCCCGUUGUUCUGGCUCUCUUUGUGAGUGUGUAUCAUGUGUCGUCAUAUUUCACCUCUCUGACAGUGUGCGUUUGUGUGUUUGGGAUCACAUGUCCUCAUAUUAAAGGGGUAUUACGCCUCACCUACAGUGUGUUGUUACCGUGGUUACCUAAGUGUGUUAUCUGGUUGUUUUAUUGUGUUCAGACUCACCUGCAGUGGUAGGUCACCUCACUAAUAUUUCUUUGAGGUUAUUUGACGCCUCGUUUCUGUCUUCAAACGCCAUUUUUCUUACGUCAUGAUGUCAUUGUGGUCAUUUUUGCUCCAUACUGAGGAUAAAUUAUUAAAUACAGAAGAUAAAAAUCAGGUCCUCUGCAUCAGAGUGUUUAAUAUUUUGAUGUGUUUCUUCAUACAGAGUUGAGGAUGAUGGCAGAGGGGCGUUUUGCCAGCUUGCCCAGGUCCCUGCACGCUCACCACAGCCUGGGAGGAGGCCCCGCCCACCCUGGAGUCCCCACAUCCCCCCUGGGUGUCUCCAACAGCAGCACCUGCUCCUCCAGGAGGCUCCAGGCCUCCCUCGCCUCCUCCAUGGACCUCCUCAGCUCCAGACCGAGGUGAGUAAGGGUAAAGACGCCCACUUUCACAGCUGAUUCAUGUCAAAACUUUAGUCUGAUUUCUCUCUCCUUUCUCAGUCUUCCUUCUGGUCCCAGCAGCGGCCUAUCAGAGCUGCCCGCCUCCUCCUACCAGCCAGUCUCCAUUCACGGGACCCUCCCACGGCGCAAAAGAGGAGGGGCCAACAUCUCCCACGGCAACUACACCUGGGACCCCAGAGCCAAUCACAUGCAGCCGCUGCUGCCUCCAGGACACGUGAAAAAACCCCUGACCUCCCCGCUGGUCCAGAACAUCAUCGACAAUGACUUUCAUGGUUACAGGUAAACAAACACAGAAACAGGCGAACGUCAGCUCUCAUCUCCAGUCAACAUGAGGGUGUUUAUGUCUCUGAGCUGUUACCUAAUCUGUGCUGCAUAAUCCCUAAUUACAGACCUCGGAGUGAAGGCAAGUUUGGCACAAUUAAAAACACUUCACCAAAAUUACAUCCUUCAGGGACUCAGUGGCUUUGAGUGUUGGCUCUGGAGGAUUUGGUAGUUCGCCUCCUGAGAGAAAAUCACAGUGAUGUCAAGUUAAAGGUGGGGUAGUCAGGAUCUGAGGAAGUGCCAGUUAUUAGGAGAAAUCUUGAAUGUAAACUCUACCCCUCCUAACCAAUUUUCCCCUCAGCUCCUCCUCUCCCCUCCCUCUCUGCUCCAACAAGCCCCGCCCACAAACAGACGCUCCUGCUUGCUCGUCUCAUUCCAAUUAAAUUCAGACAUAAUGCAGAUAAAUACUUCAGAUAAUCAACACAGACAGAAAAUUCCUCAUAGGAGUUGAAUUUAAAAGAAGUAAUUUUGAGAGACUGUUUACAACUUCAGAGAUAACUUAACUUUUCAGACUUAACACACAACACGUUGGUGCCUCGAAAGCCUCAGUCUGUUUACAUUCAGGACAGUUUUUACUGGUGUGAGGAGCUGGUCUUCUUCAGACGGAGAGCUCAGAGUUGGACGUAGAAAAGUGAGUCUGUAAGAGAGCCCUGAGGGGGUGCAGCAGUUAGCUCAACUUCAGAGGGAGAACACACUCUAACACACACUCUGACACACACACUUCAUCCCUCAUCAUGUCUACCCAUCUCUCUAUCUGGCGUGUAGAGUUUCAACAGACUGUAUCUGAUGCAGCCAGUGUGUGUGUGUGUGUGUGUGUGUGUGUGUGUGUGUGUGUGUGUGUAUGUGUGUGUGUGUAGCCCCCAGCAUUUGGGUUACCUUUGUGGGUCAGGGUGUGGCAGGACAGAUCACAGAUUACUGUGAGCUCUUUGUCUCGUCCUCCAUCUUUCUGCCUUCAUGCAGGAUUCAUUUCAUACAGCGCUGACAUCCUGCAGGACAAUUUGUCUGGGUCGAAUUCAACCUGUGCAGGUGGCUGAAUGAUCAGACCGCUUUUCCAUUUAUGGUCAGUCUCCCUGUUAAAAAAAAAAGAGUAAAAAUAUUCCUCAAUGUUUGACUCACAAAUCUAAGAACAGCUGUUUUCACACAUGCAGAAACCUCCUUAAAAUUCUUCAUGUGUGAACACAAACAGCCAAAAAUGUCACCUCAGACUUGACUCGCCUUCUGUCCACAAUUUUUAACGUGCACUUGGAGAAAUUGAGUCAAAGUGAACCAACGCAGAGAGCAAGAUUUUACCAGAGAGUGACGAAGCGUUUGAAGCCACAGUUUUUGCUUUUAUUUGAGAGGAUAGAACUGCAGACAGAGCAGAAACUGAGUAAGAGGACCAGGGCUGACUUGCAGGACAUGAACCACAGGUUUGAACUGAACUUGCAUAACCUGCAUGAGACAUAACCCCUCUAUAUAGGGCACAUGCAUAGACCACUGGGCCAGUGGCGCCCCAAUCCACAAAUAGAGUGACUUUGCUGAUUUUUUUUUUUUACCUUUAAAUCCAUUUCUACACAUUUGGGAUUUUAUUCUGAAAACUUGUCUCUUAUUUUGGUAUUUUUUAAAACCUUUUUUAACUUUAUUCUUAAAAAUUUUACUUUUUCUUGAAGUGAAUCAUAAAUAAAAAACUUCCUAUUUUAAUUUUUUCUCACUCCUGCCUUUGAAAAUGACUUUUAUCUGUUUUUAUUUUAGUGUCUCAUUUUUUUUACUCACUAAUAAUCAACUUCUUUCGCUCAAAUCAAGAAAUUUGUGUUUGAUUAGUUUAAUUUAUCACCCAGUAAGACUUAGAGCUCCUGUUUGGAGUUUUUAUGCUUAUGAAACAAACUGAAACUCAUUUUUAUGAUUUUUAAAAACAAUUAAGAACAUCAGAAACAAAAUUGAUGGUUUUAUUUUGUAUUGUUAACACCUGUGAGAAGGUAUCAGCCAAACAGCAAAUAAUUUUUACCUAAAAAAGAAAGGAAAAAAAAAAGAUUUUUUUUGUAUUUAUUUAAAAAAAAAACAUUUAUUUUAUUUUUUAUUUAUAUAUAAUAUUUUAGGUAAAAAAAAAUUCACCUUGAAUAUUCACAAUAAAGGAUUAAAUUGAUCAAAAACUCAGAAAGAUUUCUUGUCAGAGGUCAUGACUCAAGCACACGAGCAGAGAUGACUUUGUCCACAGGGGGGUGCCAAAGUUGACACACAGGAGCUUUUAUUUGUAUUUGUAAAGCAUCAAUAAUGUCACAAAAAGUGCUUUAAAUAAUAAAUCCUCAGGAGAGAAGAGUGUGUGCAGUCCUUGUUGUAGUUUUUGGCUAAAAACAGGCUGAUAGUGUUAAAAAAAAAAACUAUUAAAGUGAGGAAUGAUAAAAUUAUACAGUUUUCAACAACAUGUUGAUAAAAGUGACCAAGAAUAAAAGUAGAAGGAUUAAAUACGGACAGGAUAAAAGAGUCCAGAGCAGUCACUGUUCAUGUUUUCUUUCUGAUUAAUAUUGAAUUUUUCAUAUUAGUUCACAGGGACUUUAUGCAAAUUUUGAGAAACUCCCAUUGCUGCCUAUUUUGUUUGAGUAAUGAAAGACAAUCUUAGAUUUUAUAUGUUACUAUAAAUAUAAACAAUCAUUGUCAGAACAAACAGCGGCUCUAAAAUACUCCAAACUUUCCCCCCGGCUCUGUUGCGGUUGUUUUGAAGCUCCACACAAUUCACAGUGGACUUUUCUAUAAAAAGAUGAAGGCGUGGACGUCUCGGAGGAAUGCGACCGCCGGCCACUCGAUCUUGACUUUCCAUUCCUCAUUCUGUCAGCUGACCUCUGACCCCUGACCUUAUGUUGCACCGGCUCCCCAUUGGUCAGUUUAUCUUUCUGUUGACCUCGGUGGACCACCAUGAGAGAGAGGGGGAGGAGAGGUCGGACAGAGACAGACUGUUAGCACAUGCAACUUUUCCUCUUAUCGGCAUGAAUAAGUUAAAUCUGAUGUUAAUUAUUCAUGAUUUAUUCCUUUAUUUUGGAUGAAAUCAAGCAAAACAAUCACUUAAAAACAUUAGUUUACUUGGUAUAAAAUUAAAAACCUAAUAUAUGAACGUAUUUACUGAUAAUUUAACACAUUUGAUGAACACACGGAGGAAAAAAUCAACAGGAUGUGAUUUAAGGAGAGGAGGAAGGUUGUGAAAGGAUCUAACCACCCUCCAGAUAUUUUAAGAAAAAGGGCACAGUGAGCUCUUAUUUCUAUUAAUGCUCUAGUAAAAUAUUUAGAAAUGUCACGCAGAUAAGCGCUUGAAAGAUGUUGUUUUUUUCGUGCGUUGAAAAGCGUUUGUUAUCGGUGUGAACAGAUUUAUCCUCAGCGCUCCGGCUCCACCAGUUUUAAAGGCGUCUGAAUCCUUAGCUUGUUUACAUCCUCAAAAAGGUUCAUUUUAAAGGGAUAGUUCAGAUAUUUUAAUGUGGGGUUGUAUAAGUUUAAGCCUUUUUGUUAAGAAAUCGGUGAAGGAGUUGAGCUAGUAGCCGCUAGGGUGACCAGACCUCCUCUUCUACCCAGACGUGUCCUCUUUUUUGGGGGCUGUCUGAGUUUAUAAAAUCCUUCAAAUGUCCGGGGUUUUGUAUGAAAGUUUUGAGUUUGUGUCACAUGGACUUAAUAAGUUAGAAGCGCGUAAAAACACUCGACCCGACCCGUAAAACUCUCAAAAUUAUGUACACGCAACUCUGUGACUCCGCCCUGCGUAGUGGUGUCCUCUUUUUGGGGAUUCAGAAUACGGUCACCCUAGUAGACGCUUCAGCUUCCAUUCAGCUUUCCUGUUUUUCUUCCUGAAAAUUGAAGUAGAUAUGUACAUCUGUGUUGUUAAGUGCAGACUGCUGUAUUUGAGCCACUGGGAUCCUCUGAUCCAGAAAGGUCUUGAAGUCCUGUUACCAAACCCCACUGGUGACAGCAGUAACUCUCCGGGUUCACGGACUCACAGUUUGGACACCUGCGCCCCUGAGUAACUUUAGAUCUCUCCUCCUCUCCGGUUAGCUGAAGAGUUUCUCUCGUCAGUCAGGUGUCCUCUCGUGUCCACGGUUAACAGCAUGUUAUCCUCACUCUCAUAAUCUCUCAUUUCUUAGAUUUUUUUAUAUUAUUGCGUGUGUUAAAGCUUGCACAGACCUGAACGGCUGCAGGCAGAGGGUGGAUUUGCUGCAUCCUUAAAUAAUUGAGCUUUCUGAGGGGAAAGUGAAGCGCUGGAUAAAGAGGUGUGAGUGUUUAGGUCAGGGUUUCUAGUGCAAACACACUGACCUCUGUAGGCUGUCUGCACACCCUGCAUGCCUCUCUCUCUCUCUCUCUCUCUCAGAUAUGGAGUACCCCUGCGUAAAGCCAGCUGCGGUCAUGCUGAGUAUCAUGCGGUGAAGUGAAAAGAACAACAGUAGCCAGAAAAAGACUGCGGCCACUCUUUCCCUCCUUCCUACACUUGUUUUUUUUUUCUUUUCUUCCUCUCGCUCUCUUCCACUCUUUCCCUCCUCGCUGCUUCGUCUCUUGUCUGCGUUUCAGGUCAGUUUUGUGGUUCGUGAGAGGCAGAAAAAUCCAGCAUCUGAUGCUGUUUCAGCAUCAUGGUCGGAGACGACAGAGUUAGCUGUGGUCGGUUUGUGUAGACUGGAAUGCUUUACUGCUUCAGACUCACUAUUCUUUCUUUUUUAUUCUUUUGGUUUUGUCAGACACACGGGAAAGUUAACAGGGAAAGAUAAAAAGUAAGAAAGCAUCUCUGACUGUACACGAGAGGAGAUGAUUCAGUCUCAGAGUAGAAGAAAAGACGAGUUUAAAGAAGAAACUAAGAAAACAAACUUAUCGGAUAAAUAGUUUCUGAUGUGAUGGAUGGAGGGGUGAACAAAGGUGCUGAAAUACGUUUUUGCACCCUAAAACGCCGUCAUAUUGGUCCAAAAGUCGCAUCACCAACCUCUCCAGAUUCUCCGUCAGCUCCAGGGCACCUCUGACCUCUGACCUCCCCGUGUAAAGAAAGUGUAGUUUUCCUCUGCUGUAGUACGCUUAAAUGAUCCAGGAGGGGUUUAUAUGCGGGUGUUGUCUGGUAUGUGGGGAUUCUCCUUACUCCCACCUCAGACCAGAGGGACCAGAGCAGGGGUGAGGAGAGGGCAGGUGGUUGGUGUGGUUCAGGUUUGAGGUCCAGACAACUGAGCAGCAAAUACCAGGACAAUAGGAGGUCAGUGUCGGACCGAAUGUCACAGAAAAGUUUGUCAUUCUUCUUUUUUUGUUUGUCGUAUCUCUGGAUAACUUCAUGACAAACACCAGAGUCAACAAACAAAGUCAUAAACAGUUUACAUAAAGCCUAUCUUCUCAUGCCACAUAACCAUGAUGUGCAUAAGAACUCUCUGAUCUCAGCUGUUAAAUAAAAGGACCAAAAACAGUCUUAAAUAAACCUCUCUGCAGCUGAAGCAUCUAUUACUGACAUCAACUUUUUGACACCCAAUCAAAAAUAUUAAAUUGCUUCAAAAGUUUGUUUAAGAGUCAGUUGUGAGUAAAAGUCAUCAGAGACAUUCAGGUGAAAGGUGAAUAGAUGUCAGGCUCAGAGUUUCAAAGACAACAAAUCUAGCUCUGCAUGACAAAAUGAUUCACUCUGUUAUUAUUACUUUGACACAAAAUCAGUCUGUUUGUAGCAAAAAAUGAUAAAUAAACAUAAAUAUAAGCUGUUACAUCAUACAUUUCUCUCUUUUUGUAGCUGAACUAGCUGCUCAGUUUUCUCCUGAAAUUUGUGUCACAUCUGUCAAGAAUCAACUUUACAAUAAAACAGACUUCCCCUCUCUAUCCAACUCCUCAAAUAUGUAAAAAGAGUAAAAAAGCUCUGUCAGGAUUAGAGUGCACAGCACAGCUCUGAGCAGCAGAGAGUGGAGAUGCUGAAACAAACUGCACAAAGACGUGGAGCUGAAAGAGCAUUAUCCGAGUAUCAUUAGUUCAUUCGAUUUUCAAAAUAAAACCAAAAAUGAAAAAAUGAAAAAAUUAGAAAAAUGAAUUGUUUUCUAAUAUUCGUCCCUUAUUAUUCAGAGCUGAUAUGUGUCCUUUUGUCCUCGGGUUGUUUUGGGCGCAGAACCUUCUGACGGACAUUUCAGAACACCUCGGUAUUCCUGCCUGGAAAUCUCUGCAUGAGUGAAAAAAAGCGCCCUAUGAGUUCUGAAUAAGUCUCGAGUCAGCCAUAACGCCAAAGGUUCACCUCCGGGUCACAAAACUUUCUACAGACGAAAAAGUCUAAAUCAGAUAAAACUGUCUUUAUCCAUUUAUCCCAUUUUCAUUUGAAAUGAAGUAAACAGAAAUCAGAAAAUGAGCCGUUAUCCCUUUUUUCAUUUUCAUUUUAGAGACUUUAAAGAUUUAGAAAACAAUUCCUUUUCUUUUUUUUUCAUUUUUGGUUUUAUUUUGAAAAUCAAAUGAAUGCAUGAUACACGGAUUGGACAUUUUUGCACCUGAAUAUUAUCAGCGCUGCAGCUCAUUCUCUGUGUUUCUGCAGGAAAUGUUUGAUCACAGUGUCCUCACCUCUGCCUGACUCCAUCUUUGUAUAGAGUCUAUAUGUUGUUGUGAAUGGAGGCUUCUGUUCAGUUACAUAACUAAGUCCUGCUCAUUAUUCUGACCAUAUUAAACCGAGGGGGGGAUUAGAGCUGAACAUAUUUGGUUUGUUAAGUAAAGGACCGUGAUAAUAUUCCCGUGGGAACACCAGCGUGGACUUAAGGGAUUUUAACUACCAACCUUACUAAUGUAGCCGAGGAUUUGAGCUAAUUACCUCUCCUAACUUCGCUCCUGAAUAUAAGGCGUCUGUGUGGAGAGACUCUGAGCUACUUUAGUACACUCAAGUAGGAAAAGAUGGAGAGCAGCGGCGGAGAAAAUGGCACCUGCUUUGGACAUUUUCCAAGAGCAAAACAAACAAAUUCCUGGAGUGAACUGUUUGUACUCUGUGUUCCUGCUCUUGAAAACAAAACUGCAGCUGGAAAGAGCCGCGAUGAUCCAGAUCGAAACUGUUGAACUGUCUAAAAAAAAGAGAAAAAUAAAGAGAGUAAGAGGUGCUGUGCUGUUACCUCUCUGUGAAUUUGUCAGUGGACUCAGAAGAGUAACCAUGUGGCUGCGAUGAGAGUUUUUAAGGAGGGGGAGGAGAGAGAGAGAGAGGGAGCGAGGGAGGGAGGCCAAGCCAGGCAGGCAGGCGGUGAGUGAACAUGUUUACAGCUGACUGAGAGAAAGAGUGAGAGAGUGAGAGACGGACUGACAGGAGAAAAAGACAGGCUGAGAUUUGGAGCGGUUCAGCGUGAGGGUUGGGAUUUCUUUCACAUGCAGAGGAACUUUGGACUGCCUGACUCUCACAGCUAAAUCCACCUCCAGAUCAGGUCUAACAUCUUAGUCCAGCAAAAAUGGGACCUCCAAUCCAACCCUAAAACCAAGAAGCAUCACACCUCCCUGUCGAGGUCUACCACUCCCUGAGAGAGUCGAGCAGCGUUUGAGUCUCUUCCAAAGCGGCUUCAGCACCUGUCAGGGUCUCACCUGGACUCUCCCAAACCAGCUCAGCAGUUCACCUGAAACAAGACCUGCAGAGAGGAGCCAAAGAUCAGCAUACAGCAGUGAGAUGUGUUCACUAAACAGGACCUUGUCUUUGUCUGUGUUCCCCAGGGAGCCCGCUGCCAGCCUGGACACCACGGUGGACUACGUGAAGGUAGGAGGAACAAACUUUCUCACUCAAAACCCUGAAUUAUGGCUGAUUAAAUCUUCUUUUUAGGAUAGAAACUUGACAUCUCAUUUGUGUGACCGAUUGCAGGAGUAUAAACACACGAUGCAUCCCACUAUAAUCUUUCUCAGCACAUCUAAUGAGCAUCUACAGUAUCUCUGGGACUGGUUGUACCACAUAAAGAUGAAAGACGCUUAAAUGCACACAUGCAAUGUGUUGCAGAUGUGCAGCACAGCUGUGAGCUUCAAUUUGUCGCAGUAAAUUGCCUGUGAAGUCGUAGACGGAGAAGUUUUCUCUUCAUGUCGAGGAUGUGAGUAAUUAAGAGGUAGAAGUGAUGCGAGUUUGUCAGAGUCUAAAUAAUUAACACCCUCGUGAAAACGCCGUAGACUCAGAUUGUAAGAUGGUGAAGAAGACGUCGGUUGCAUCUGUGGCUGUCAGCAGCUUGAUUGAAAUCGGUGUUUGGAUGAUGUUUGGCUUCAAUCCCUCAGAGGUGAAGUUAAUCUGAUAUCGUUUAGAGAAUCACACCUUUAAAUCAUCUGUCUGUCACUGCUCGUGUUGUUUUCAAUCAUAUUAGAGAAAAAGCCACCUGAGCCACACUGACACGGUGUUAUUACUGCAAAGCUUCUGUUCAAACCGAGGGGAGAUGUGGGUUUUCUAAUGCAUGAAAACUUAGAGGUUAUAUGAAAGAUGUUAAAACUAAAGCAGGAAAAGUCUGCAUGCACAGGAGAGGAGAGAAAAUCUGUUCGCCCAGUGGACUAGGACCAAAACUUUGACAUUAAAUAUAUAUUUACAACCUAGAAAAUGAGCAAGAAUUCUUUGAAGGCUUUCCUCAUGAUAAUAACAUUAUUAGGAAUGAAAAAGGGAAAACCUGUUAGCUGCAACUAUUUUGUCAUCAGGCGUUCGUCUAAGAAAUAUACCAGCAACCGUCUAAAGGUGAAAGAACGUAAAGGAGACUUAUCCUCCUCAUUUUAGCUUGUUCUGUCUAUUUUGCCUGAUUCUCAGUGUAAAAACAUGUUUAUCUUAUACUGGCAUCCAUUAAAACUCUCAUUUCAGUUCUUUCCAGCCUUCAUCCAGCCUGCUUUAGUCAAUCAAUCAAUCAGUCUUUAUUUAUAUAUCACUUUUCAUACAAAACCAUGAAGUACAAAGUGUUUUACACAGAAAAAGGAAUAAAAGAAACAAAGAAUACCCAAAUUUACCCUGACCCAACCCCCUCAUUCCCACCUCACAAUCUAAACGCAACAGAAACAUGUAUUAAAAUGUGUUAACUUGAAAAGAGCCGAUUUCAUAGAAACAGGAAAGUGUGCACUUAGGAAACGCCAUUUUAAAAUUAAAGUUAAGGAAACAUUGAAGGUUAGGUUAAGAUCUGAAAGUAAAGUAACAUAAAAUGAAAUGAAAACCAACAGUAACAACAAAAGAUACUAAAAAAAGAGCACCAAAAUAGCUUAACAAAAGACGAUCCUGUCAUUAAAACUAGAAGAGAUAAAUGCUAAAACACUUAAAGUUAAUGAUAUUAAAUUUAGUUAAAAGCAAGACUAAAAAGGUAUGUUUUGAGUUUGGUUUCAUCUAUAAAUCAUCAGUUUUCUCUCUGUUUACGGAUGAAACAUCAGUGAAGCCGUGUCAUGCAAAAACCUGAAAAUUGCACACUUGAAAAAUGAAGUUUUAUUGCUUUCUCAUCUGUUUACUGAGCGCACAUGAAAUGCUCUUAGUGGAAACAUUUUCUAUGGCAAAAAGGAAAGUGGUAGCUCAAAAAGAAGUCAAAAGCUUCAUUAUUUGGACAUGUGAGUGAGUCAGUUCAGAGUUUACGUUAAUACAGGAGUUAUUUUGGUGUAAUGCUCCUUUAAAAAGUCACAUUUUCGUUCUUUCCCUCCCUCUUUUCUGCACUCUCUCUCUAAACCAUCCGUCACUCCUCUCCUCCGUCUGUUAGCUCAUGUGUUUGGAUGCUCACACCUCGGUCUGAAAAGCAAACUCAAUCCUUCCCAUGAGAGCAGGUCUCACCACACACACACACACACACACACACACACACACACACACACACACACACACACACACACACACUAAAACCAGCACAUAGACAAACAAAUUGUGUGUAUUUAUUUGGUCAAUUUAGGGUUGUGUGUGUGUGUGAGUGCAAACAGAGAGUGUGUGCUGACCGCAGAUGGAGCUACUGUAACCCCAGUAUUAUAUAAUAGGUGUGAAAGUGUACCUGUCAGCUCCUCCAGGUGUGUUUGCACUUCCACUGUGGAUGAAAAACACACACAUAUGUCCAUCUGCACACGCACAUAUGCACAGACCAUAACGCAUUGUUCAGGUGUUGUGUGUCGUUUCCUUUUGUCGGGGUCAAAAGUGCAGCAGUGGUGCGGUUCGCUGUGCAUUGUUUGGUGCGAUCAGGCGGUAGAGGGUUAAAGGAUGGAUGUACAUGAGGAAGGAAGUGUCGGUGGAGAACAAUAAGAUAAAAAAAAUCUGAUUUAGUCCUGUUUGAUGUUUGAGGGAGAUGUUUGAACUCACGGAGAGGAAGAACAAACUGUAUUAGCUGAGACGAAGUCAUCAAUAAAACUUCUUAAAGAUGAAAAAGAGGAGAUUAAAUACUGAAGAAGGACCAUAAAUAAUGAAAUAUCAAGGAGAGAGAGAGGUGGACUGAGCUGUUACACUGGACGUGGUUCAGGGACUCUGGUCUAGACUCUAUUUUCAAAGAUCUGAUGUAAAGAUGGGAUCAGAUCAGACCCACUUCCAUCUCAUCUUCAACCUUUAAGAGGCAGAAAACCCAAGCAGAACCAGACUGAUGUUAGACAGUCAUCUGCUAAGACCGAGAUGAGAUCAAUGCAUAUAGUUGAAGUACGUCCACGUCUGCAGCAGCGAUCCAGAGGAACCUACGGCGUGAUGGAGCUUAGAGACUUCCAGAGAAGACUGAGUGUUAGUGACUCUAAUGAGACAUAAUGAUUCAAAGUGAAUGAAAGAGGAGGAUGGAGAAGGAGGGAGAGGAGCUCAGUGUGACAGUCUGAACCUGUAGCAGCAUCACUAAGAGCUAAGAGACUUUUGUGGGCUCACAGCAGACCAUGAUAGACAAGAGGGUAGGGUUGGGCGAUAAACCGAAAAUUUACAGAUACUGAAAUUUAUGUCAAUAACCGAUGUCAUUUUGCCCAUAUCGGUAUAUUCAGUGUCAAAUAAACAAACAAAUACAAGUUUGUUUUGGAUGUGUGUAGGUAGGCUUUGGUCUCAUGUCCCUUUAAGACACUGUCCUACAUCAGAGACGUGACUCCACCCCAUCCAGUCCGUAACAAAGAGGGAAAGACAGGUGAGGAGAUGGAGGACGGUUAAUGUUAAUGUGGGAGGGGGUGAGCAGCUUGUAGAGUAGUUAUCGUCCAUUUAUCGUUAUUGAGGUGAACUGAUCAAUAUAUCGUGAUAUUGAUUGGGGCCAUAUCACCCAGCCCUACAAGAGGGUGUAUUGAGGGUCCCUUUACACUUUGAAUUCAUUAUCUAUAUCCAGUAUCAUCCUGGGAAAUAAAAGGUCAUAAGUCUACGAGUUCAGGUAACUCUGGGUCUUAUUAAUGAAUGAGGGUAAACAGAUCAGAAGACUGAGAAGCUGGUUCCUCUUAUCUAUCAGAAGUCAUGUUAGCAGAGCAACCUUCCCCUGUGGUCAUGAGUUUGAGUCGUGAUUGAAAAAAUUAAGGUGGCUCGGCUCAAAAGCAGACUUGGAGACUUAGAGACCUGGAGCGGAGCUGCUACUUGUUCACAUUGAAAAAGGUUAUUUGAGGAGUUUCAGGUCUGGGCACCUCCCUUUGGAUGUUUUCAGGACAAGAAGAACUGGGAGUAGACUUUGGGGUAGACCCAGAGUUCCCGGGGGGAUUAUACAAACACACCCAAACCUCUCAGGAGGAGCUGGUGAAAAGGGACUUUUGGGGCAACUUGGGUGGAGAAAAGUCGAAGAUAAGGUCAAUCAAGUUUAUUCUAGAAUCUAUUUUUGAGGUUGUACCCAAACUUUUGAGGCGAUUCAGUGUGUGACCUCUGCCUGAGGUCAAACCUGCGAUUGUAACUGAAUUUAUUCACAGCGUUGUGAAAUUAAAGUGGAUUAAAAGCAGAGAAGGUCAGUUCUGUUCAGUAAAGAAGGAAAUGUACCAGACGGAGGAUAAAACUGUUUCUUAACAUGAAUAAAAGUCCUCAGGAAACUAUGAAAUAAAACGCUCUGAUAAAAUAAAAUGUGAUUGUUAAUGAAAAAAGGAAAACAAAGACAGUAAAAAGUCAGAAAGACCAAAAGAAAAAGAUCAAGAGGCGGACUCAAAGACUCGCUCUUUCUCCGCCGUUGGUCUCUCUAUUAGUUCAAAGUGAACCCGGCUCUCUAAAUGACUCCUCUUCUUUUGAUUCCUCUCUUUCAUUCCCACUCUGUGUCUCACUUGAAAACUGCUCCACUCUCAUGAAACAGCUGAAGGAAACAAUCAUGCUCUCUGUGCAUGUAGCCAUGUGUGUGUUAAAUCCGUGUGUGUGAGUCUGUGUGUGUGUGUGUGUGUGGUCAAACGUCCCAACAAGAACUUUUUCAUUUUGUACCGUCAUGAAAUAUAACGUGCAGAUCGAGGACUAGAAAAGCUCCUAGCGUCACGAUCCGAACCCCCUCUUCAGGUUUCAAAUCCGCACUUUCCCUCCCUCUUUCGCUCUCCUUGGCAAGAGGAGAGACGUAUAUGAUAAAAUCUUAUUGAAUUAUUGUUCCUGUUAUAGUCUUUAGUUAUGCGGGAAACACUUAAAUGAUAACAUCUCAGUGUGUGAUUAAAAAGUUUGGAGGCUGCAGCAGCUCAAAACAGAAACCUGUAAAAAUAAAUAUGCUCUCUUGUACACUCUAGUGGUCAAUCAAGGUACUGCAGCAAAAGAAGGCCUGACACUGGAGCUGUUAUUGGGAUCAGGUGUCCGUCAGUGAGGCAGUUAAAAGUCCAAACAGCCGUGUGACAUUCAUCAGAUCAUGGUACGCCUCUGUCAGCGAGCCAACGCGAGUUCAAAGCAGGCAAACAGCCAACCGGCACGUCCAGCAUGUAGGCCGAAUAUCCCUCCGCACUAACCAGCCUGCACGUCAAUAGGCGGAUCAAUCACUCAGUUUGUCGGAGAGGGCAGCCGGCCAAAAUGACAAAAGCUCGGGACAAAAAGAGGCCUGACGGUGAAACAUCUGCGUGGAUCUGUCUCAUCUCCGCAGGAUUUACCAAAAAGAUACAGAGUUCAAAUCAAACUCCUGACCCACGAUUUCUGCGCUCAUCCUUGGUUAUAUAAGAGUCAUGCAUUAGGAAGAUCACUAAUCUGGCUUUUAGGUUGGUAUGAAGAAAUGUGUUUAUAAAAGUCCUGUAUUGUAUAGUUAGAUGCCCUCGAUAAAACAGACUCUCUGAUUUGAGCAGAGACAUCCUAGGGCAACUGUGUUCUGCUGAAAUCCAGUAAAGCGGGUUUUGGGGGCAUUUAGGGUGCUGCCUGCUCAGGCUCUUGUACCUUUUUUGCUAAAAACAAGAUUUCUUCCUCGUCUUUGUCCCCGUGAGUCACAUGAAGUGUUUCAUACUGACUGCAGACAUUUUAAUCGGCUCACACAGUAAAGGGGUCACGUUGCACUCAUCGAUACGGCUGCCACUAAGAUCACAGUCCAUUACUGAUCAAUGACCCAUCACAAGCACAAACACACAUCCAGACCCGCUCAUGGUGUAAACAGCAGCGUGUCUGACAUUUAUCCUCUGGCAGUGGAGCAUGAUGAGAGCACUCGAACUGGUACAGGAGGACGCCGACCAGGGCUGAUAUCAAACCUUCGAUUAGCUCUAAAAAACCUGCUCUAUACCCACCAAAAUCUGAGCUGAGGUCAGGGAAUCAGUUGAACCUCUGAUUGGUUAACCGACCAAAAGCCUUUGUCUGAUAUAAUCGGCUAAAGACAGAAAUAAAAACAGAAAAAUCACUUUUUUUUGGGACUGAAUCCAUGAAGUGUCUGAGAAUACACUUAUCUUAUCUGAGGGUUAAAAGCUCCAGGAAUAGGGUGUCCAUUCGUCUUCUUUUACCUGGACAUGUCCUCUUUUUUGGGGGCUGUCCAAGCUUGUCCAGAGAAGUUUAUAAAAUCCUUCAAAUGUCUGCGGGUUUUGUACGUUUCGAGUUUGUGUCACGUGGACUUACUGAGUUAGAAGCACGUAAAAGACACUCGGUCCGAUCUGAAAAACACUCAAAAUUAACUUCAUUCGGCUCUUUGACUCCGCCCCCACGCAGUCGUGUCCUCUUUUUGGAGAUGAUUUCUAGAGAAAACAUUCAUUGGCAUGUGAUUUAAUUUUACAGCUAGACUCAUGUUCCAUCUGUUUACAUUUAGAGGAGGGGCUUAAUGACACAUAAUGCAGCCAGUCAGCAGGGGGAGCUCUAAUGGGGCACUUACUCCAAGCGGGAGUUAAAUCAUCCACUCGCUUAAUUCGCGCGAAUCUAGACACGUAAAUGAAUAGUAUUUCCUUGCUCCAUUUGCGCAUCAAUGGUAAUUUCAACGGCAAUCCCUGCCAAUCAAACCUUUGUGCUGAUUGGUUAUUGCAACACGAAGCUCCGCUCGAGUUUAGACAUUUCAGCUCCCACCCAAUUCGCGCCGCCAGAGUAGUACGAGCGUCUGAUCGCGUCUUUGCAUUGACUUAACAGGUAAUUCAGUCGCGCGAAUGAUUUUACUCGCGCUCGGUGUGUGGAGACAGUUAAGACCCCUCUUCUGUAUCUCUACAGACUUUACAUUUCCUCUCUUCUCUAAAGUUUCUGUCACAUUUUCCUUUGAGAAACAACAAACAGAUAGAAAUAGAAAACAUAGAACCUCAGCGCUCUGAUUUCUGCCCCUUCGUUGUUUUCCUUGAGCAUUCCUGGAGCGACGGAUGUGUGUAUUUUAAGGUGGACUUUUAGCCUAGCUGGUGAUUUGGGGCCGCUGUGGUUGGCAGUCGAGUGUAUAUGUGUGUGUAAGUGUGUGUGUGAGUGUGUUUGUGUGUUAGUGUGUGGUGCCCCGGGGAAUGUUCUACAUGUAUUUCCUUUGUGGAUCCACGGAGGGUUCACGCUGUAAUUAGUGGCUCCGUUUCCUGCGGCGGAAUAUUCCUUUAACUGGAUUCUGUUCAGGGUGUCACCCUCACAGAGUUUGUGUCAUAUGUGUGCGCUCAUUUUGUGUCUCCCUCCAUCUAUAUGUUGUGUAUCUGUGCUGUUAUGUAAUCGUGUCACCCGCUGUGCGCAUGUGAGUGAACUGGUGGGAAAACUGCGGCACUCAACUGGUGUGUGGGAGUAAUAGCUCAGCAGUCAUUAAGUAACACAAAUGGCCGGCUAUUUAUCAGACACACACACACGCACACUUAAACACACACACACCUAAUUGACUGUUUUUACUGUCUAGACACAAAGCAGAACUAUCCAGAGUGACUGAACUUACAGACAGUGACCGUUAAAUGUUUUUACACAGUUGUUGUUGUCGUCGUCUGGUGUCUAAGAAACCUCUGGCAGCUCAGAAAGUGAAGUAUUUUCUAUUUUUAGUUUCUUUGUAAUGAGUAGAAGAAGAAAAAGGGGGAGUUUGUACGAGCGGGGACAGAGAAAAUAAUCUAAUUUAAGACUGAAAACUAUGAGGUUUAAAGAGAGUGAUAUCAGAGCUGAAAAUACUGUUUACGAAUUUCCUCUAAGAAUCACACGAGCUGAAAGGAUCAGACAGGGAUGAGGAUAUACGACUAAUUUUCCAGACGUUUAAAUUAACGUCUUUUUGACGUCCGAUUCGAUACCAAUAUUGUAGCCUUUAAUACUGGCUGAUACCGAUAUUGAUCCGUUAUUGGCACAAAAUUGUGUUUGACAAGUAUUUUACUCAGCUGCAAUGUGUUUUUUGGACUUAAACAAAAACACUCUUACUCCUUGCUAUUUUGUUUACACCUAAGUACACAUUAAUGUUGUGAUCAUGUGGGCUCAGCUUGCUGGAGGUGCCUGGAGGUGCCGGAGCAGAGUCUGGAAUGGACUGCUUGUAUCGGAGUGCUGAUAUCGGAGAUUUUAGAUGCAGGCUGAUAUAAUCUGACAUUCGUUUGUUUGCUGACAUCGGACCGAUAUCCGAUAUCAAUAUCAUAUUGGGACAUUCCUAGUUUAAAUAAAUGUUUUAAUUCAGACUAGCUCACUCAUUUCAAGGUGAGAAAAUUUGGGUUUAGAGUGUGUCUUAGAUUAGUGGAGCUAGCACCAUCAUACAUCGGUUCUCUGUUGAACGUCCACACGCCUUUGCUGGUUACUUAUUACUGUGAUUGCAUCUUAAUUUUCUAAAUCAAAAUAGUGACAAACUCGGACUCGGCCAGCUGUGGAGGCUACACAACAGCUUUGGCACCACAUUUGACAAGCAUUUCAACCUCCACCUGAUAAAGAAUAUUAAUAAUCGACAGUCCAUCACGAUACGACUCACAUAUCCUCUUACAUGUGAAAUUUCUUUUCAAGCUGUCUCAACGUUGGAGAUUAUAAACUUAAAAAAACUCUGUCACUUUUUUCCCUUUAGUCAUGAAUUUGUCUUUUUAUUAGUUUAGGUGUUAGAGGAACUGUGGAGUCCAUUCUUAUCUGAUGUGAGAUUGUAAAUAUUUAAGGUAAAUACAAAAUAUUAAGUCAUGUGACCUCAGUGUUAGCUCAGGUGUUACUGCUCUGCAGAUUAUGAUAUGUUGAAUUAAAAGUGCUGCAGUGUGCUUUUGUCAGACUCUUACUCAUUAUUGCAGAAGUUUUAGGCAUUUAAACUUUCAAACAGGUAUUUAAAAUAAUCCUUCUCUUUGCUGAUGGUCUUAAUUUCAGUGUUUCCUAACCAGUUUUGAGUGAAAAAAUAAAAGAGGGACAAAAAGUGAACAAAAAGAAAAGCAGUAGAUAACAAUCAGGUCACUUUUUAAAGAAAAAACACGAAACAUCCAUCAGUUUCAGCUUCUUAAAAAUGCAAUUUCCUUGUUUUUAUGUCUCUUGUUUUGUGCUUUUUGUUCAUGACUUUAUAAAACAUUAGAUUCAUUAUUAAUGAAUGACGACAGCCCCACACGCCUGACACUCUAGAUUGAAGAGAAAUAAAAGAAGCAGCUGUUUAUUAAAAGUUACAUACUGGUGCUUUAAACAUAUUUGCUUCUCUACUGUGUUUGUUCGUCUCCAUCCUUCAUCCAUGUGUUUUUCAGCAGCAUGAGGGAGACUUUGGGCCACUCCCAGUUACUCCACACCUCAUUGGCUCUCAUUAGAUCACAUGGGUUUACCCCUCGCCCAUAUAUGGAGCGGAGGGCGGGGCAAAAAGAGGGAAAAAUGUGUGAGAAAGGAACUCUAGAGUGGAAUGAGUGUGAGGGUUCACUCUGCGGGGGACUGUGGAGGAGAGGGAGGCAGAGGUGACGGAGUGAAGUCAUCCUGAUGCUGCAGACUUAUUCUAGUCCUCUGACUUCACAUCUGCAGACUCUUUAUCGACUGUUUUUGUUUUUUUCUGUGCGUCUGUGAUGGGAGUUUUUCUCUCAUGGAAAUCGCUCAUACAAGUUUCACACUUUUGAGUCUCUGCUCAUGAACACUCGAGCUGAAGAAGAGGUGAUUUCAGGUUAAAAUAUAAGGGAGUGAGGAUGUCUGAGAGAUGCAACCUGAAGACGCUGACUGCAGCUCUGUGCUGCUUCUACCACAAGAACUCUAUCAUCUCUGCAAAGGUGAGAGAGAGCGGCGUCUGUGUUUCCAGUGCACAUGUGCAGCUUUUCUCAUUUCUUAAUCUGCUCUGUUCUUUUCUCUGCCUUAUCCUGUUUUUGUGUUAGAAGUAACAACACAACAUUUUGGGUAUUUUCUCGCAUGCAUGUGCGCCUUUCGUGGCCUCCCUAAUCUUUUGUUGUGGUUUAAAGGAGAUCACAGAAAACUGGAGGAGAAAUUAAAGAAGGUUUUACACGCGAGGAAACAAUCUGAGAAGUGCUCACUACACUUCCAGCCUGAGCGGGAUCUGAUCAGUGUGAAUAGUCCUCCUCACUCUCAGUGCGAGCUGAACACUGGGCUUUUAUUACCGGACCAGACGCUUUCAUAAAUGACCGUCUGUGUGUGUGUGUGUGUGUGUUUGAGAGUGUGUGAGAGAUAUACAGCUGGCUUCAUCCAUAACUGGAGCUGGCAGACAGACAGGGCAGUGUGUGUGAUGGCGAGGGUGAGACAGAGAAAGUCAUAGACACACAGAGGUCUAAAUCAGGACGAUGGCGAUCAUGACAAUGAUGAAUGACUUACUCAUGAUGGUUUGUCUUUUUUAUGACGUCAGUGAAAUGAACGCCAUUAAGAUGAUUGGAUGGAGCGAGCGGCCGGGCAGCAGGCGGAGGUGAUGGGAUUUGUCCCUCUGCAGGUCAGCUCAGUGGUUAGACCGGGAUCGUGUUUAUAUACCUGCUGUUGAAAGUUCAGUCAGAGUGAGACGCUGAUGCAGGGUGUUAAUGCCUGAUCUGAAUGAUGAUAUUGAAACUAUCCGCAUGAUUAGAAAUAAAUUUUGUCUUUCUUCUCUGUCCCAUCAUUUAUAAACCUGUGCCUCUUAAAGCCUGGAGCACUUCCAAAAGUCUGAGGGAUCACUGUGCACAGCCAGGUCACCUCAAGAUACUCAGCAUUUUUUCUCUCUUUCUGCUUUUGUGUAUUUUUUCUUUGCAUUGUUCAAAAGUUUGCUGCACAUUUGCUGUUGAUUAAGUCAUUGCAGCUUUCUGCAACUAUAUUGUUCUGCACAUCCAGGAUGAUGCAUCUGAUCACCUUAUUUAAAAGUAAUAAAUCAGAGUUUGCACAUUUUAGUCAUUUUUCAUCACAACAGCUGAGAACUACAUCUCUAAAUUAGCUGAUAAGGACUCUAAAAUGGUCAAAACCCAACUCUCACAUCACUGGAGAAAAAGGUGAACUUUAUUAUAACCUGAAGCUGCAGGUAUCGCCAAUAUGACACGAGUCGAGACUGAAAAUGGAAAAGUCAAAUGGCGUUACUAACUCCAUGUGCAGAGAUCUGAAGGAUGUGUCUUUGCUGUGUGAAGGAAGGAACCACCUCAGUGUUGUAUGAAAGUGUCAUCUGUCUCUUUUCACCAAACUUUAUGAGAUUAUCACCCACGCUGUCGUCCCAUCAUCCUCUCCUGCUCUACAGUUGCUCUCAUUCUUCGGGCCUUUAUCGCAUGUUUCCCCCAACACUCUUGUUUUUCCUCUUUAUCUCUCGAUCUGUGUCCUCUCAUGUCUCGCCCCGGGUUUAUUUCCACUCUCUUCUCUGUUUCUCUUCCUCUUCUCCAUCUGUUUCUUUGGGAGGUCGCCAUUCGACCAAACAGAGCCAGAUCCUUGUUGUCCUUGUUGUAGCUCCACUGACCCAUUUUGAAUAUAUAGGAGGAUCCAGCAGAUUACGGGUUAAAUUGUGCGUCACUUUUAUCUUAAAGCUUAGCAUCAAUCUAUACAGAUUUCCCCGUGGAUCAGAAGCAUCACACAAAAUUAAAGUUUGUCAACAAUCAUAUAAUCUUUCUUCACUCUUACUAAGGCGCAUGACCGCGAUUUAGCUUAGAGGAACGAAAGGUCUCAAAUUAAAAAAAACAACUCAAACUUCAUCCAGAGAGUCCAGUUGUUCAGGAAAGCUUUGUGAGGAAAUCCUUUUUGGUAUUCUGCGUUUAAUCUCCUCUCUCUCAAUCAAAAUCUCAAACACGUUUCUAAAACUGAAGCCAGAGCCUCCAGCGGCUGAACUUCAGCAGCUGAGGUCAGUUUUGGGCUUCUGUUAGAAAGUCUUGCAGCUUUUGUCGUGUUUUUGCGGUUAGUAGUAUAAGACAUGAAAUUCAUACAUGGUCAUCUCUUAGGGCUGUUUUAUGCUUCAAGCUCUCUGAUAAAAAAUGUGUUUUAAGACGAGAUUUAAAAUUGAUCACUGAGUCAGCUGACCUGGUUCCAGUCCAGAGUAGGGCUGCACGAUUCAUCGGUUUUAAAUUGUUAUUUAAAUCGAUUUUCUUCUCUAUCAUGUCUCGCACCUCCAGGCCACCAUAGACUCCCCAGUUCCCACACACACCAGUGUAAACAAACAUGGCGUUUGCAAAAGAAGGCGAUAAUUUCGUGGCUAAAUACGUCAAGAGCGAGUUAGUCGUGUUGAAUUGGUACGACUUCACAGUUUCCGAUUUAGAGCAAACCACUCCCCACUGCAAAGUCUGUCCAAAGGCGGUAUCAACCCGUCACCAUGGAAACAAAUUCAGGAGUAAACGCAAACGUUUUUUGUCGUAUCAGCAUUUCAGGUGACUGUAAACGGUACUUUUUGAAAACAGGUCAGACGACGACCAUUUCAUCUCCGUGUGGAUGUCUAUCUGUAUUUCUGCAAACGAUCAUGUGACACACAGCGUAACUCUUUAAUGGCGCCUGCACGUGUCCGGUCAAAACAACCUUUAUACACAUGCUCUGUACUCUUCCUCUGUCUUUUUUAAAAUUCUUGUGCAGCGUUAUAGCGCUACAUACUGGCUUGGCAUAUGCACUACAUUGUUUUCAGUGGUUUUGUUUUGAGAGACGAUAGGAAAACCUCUUAUUAAGGUGAAGUUUGGUGAAAUUGUCACUGAAUAAAAAAAUCAAAAUCGAAAAUCAAGUUUUCAUUUGAAAAAAUCAGGAUUUUAUUUUUGGCCCUAGUCCAGAGAUUUGGGGCUCUGUCACCUCAUGUUUUCAGGAAAAUCUGCGAAUAAAGACGACAAAUAAAACGUCCUCAUUUUUUAGAGACAUGCAGUAUCAAAGAUGGCACUGAUGGUCAUCCUUCUGACGCUGUCCCACGCUGACCGGUCGAUGCCUGCAGGCCAGAACUCAGGAAGAAGCAUCUGUUUAUCUCUGUGUAAACAGGAAAGGUGGAGGAGUCAUGAAGCAGAGAUGUAGAGAUCCAGAAAUCAAAACACUUAUUAGCUCCCAUCAGCCUCCUCAUCUUUGAGGGCGUCCUAAUUUGAUCCAACAGAUGGAAACUGGAGGGUUUGACAUGAGCUGUGACGCUAAAGUGAAGAAAUAAAACUGAAAUAAAUUCUUUCAGUGUGGCAGAAAAUGUCAUCUGCUCUCUGGAGGUGCAGAGAAAAGUUCCUGCAGAAUAAUAAAACAGCAUCUAGAAAGUCUCCCCGCUUUUUUCUCCUUGGAGGUAUUUUCCAAAGUAGCUGCUCUCCUGACACUUCGCAUUCUUGUUGUGACUUUUCCAAACUUCACCUGAGUUAAUGUGACAGCAGGACGGAUGCAGGCGGAAUAAUAACUAGAGACGGGGAGAAAUAUUCAUCGCUGCAAAGAGGGGGAAGAGACAGAUACCGAAAAAAGAGAGAGAGAGAGGAGGAAAUGCCAACAGAUAAACAAGAGACCAUCUGUUGGCAUUUCAGUGAUGAUGAUGAUGAUGAUGAUGAUGAUGAGGAUAAUGAUGAUGGCCCUUGUGAAAAUCUCUUGAUCCCUUAUGAAAAGACCGGAAAAAAUAAAUCAGAUGUCAUUAAAACUUGUCGACUUUGGGUCGGCAGAGAGAAGUGAUACGGACCAUUUUAAGGUGACUGCACAUGAAACAGUCUUGAGAGAGGAUGUCAGUAACUGGAGCCAUCGGGUGUCUUUUCGCAUAUUUAACGAUAACACCAUUUCAUUUUGCAGUAACAUGCUCACAAAGCAGACACGACAGAUUUUUGCCUCAAGUCGACUUUUAUAGAUUGACAUAAAUGACAUGAAACGGCACUAAAAAAACACCCUCCAGCAACGAGCACAAACAACACGACCAAAAAGAGGCUUUUCCAUGAUUAAAACCAUCAAAAUCAAGCAUAAAAACAUGACGUGCACUAUAGGCGGUAAUGAAAAUGCAUGUGUUACAUGAGUCGGCUUUACUCUGGAUAGUCACUCAGUGGUGUUAAAAGAAUGAAGCAAAUGCAACAGAGCAAAAAACUGCAGCUACUGUAGUGUCGACUGAAGCUGCUGAACUGUCAUGCUAACAGGUGUUAGAUGAUGUAACACUGCAGGUUGUUGAGCCAUAAGAAGAAAAAUGCAGAAGAUCUUUUAUAAUCAGCCGUCUUUGUACAUCAAGACGUCUUAAGACAAAAGUUUGAAGACGUCACCUGUCUUAAGACACCCCAGAGCAGAAAAUAGGAUUCACCCUGACAUAUUUUUGUGUCUUGAAGACAAGAAGUGUCUGAAGACAUCUUGAGACACAUUUGCUUUCAUCUUAAGACGGCUUCAGAUUCGUGGUUUGAAGCUUGACGGCUUCAUGGUUCUUAUUCUCGAGUUUUUCCUUUGUGCUCAUCUCCCUCUCUCAGCAGAAUUCAACCCUGUAGAGCAUCAAAAUGUCCAUGUCCUGGUGCUCAUCCUCUGUUUGUUCUUUGUGCCAAACCCCGGUGUGUUUCUCAUUUGACCCAAAUUCAUUUGCCCUUCACUUGCUACCUGUCUAAAUUGUUUGCAACCUGAGGCUACACUUCCUCCUGGCCAUCUCGAGAGCAGGAUAUUGGCUUCACAUCCUGCUCGAGUUGAAAGUUAAGUACACCAUGUGUUGGUUUUAUAGGCAUAAAAUCAGCUCAUUAUUUUUCUUGAUUCGUUUUAGCUGUAUGAUGACAUUUUCUUGAGGCGUUUCUGAGGUUCUUUCCAAUGUAGAAACAGUCCAGUCAGUGUGCUGAUGAAACAAAUGCUGUAUACCUGCUUUAACAGCCCGUGUUUGUGUGCAUAAUGCAUUCCCUGAAUCUGAUUUUGGUGGAUUGGCGGUCAAAAAUGAGUGCAAGAUGCAACAGGAUCAACAACAGCAAAAGUCUACAACAGUUCAGAUCUGUGCAAUGUGUCAGUGUCGCUGCAGAGCAACAAACAAAGUCAUAAUUCAUGUUUAUGUUUAUGUUUCAAUCUCUGUCAAAUGAAUCUAAACCACUGAAACUUUGAGUCCAGUCACACCUUCAGGUCCGUCUUUGUAAGCGACCCUCUUUUGUUCUCAUCCCUGACAAUCGAUUAAGAUGACGUUUUACUCCUCUCAGCGUUUAAUCCCCUACAGCGUGAUGUAACGCUGCACCUUAAGUGCAUGAAGCAUCGCUGCCUGUAAACUGUGACUUUAGUCCCUGCAGUGACGUCACACGUGGAGAUGAGUCAGACUUGGAUCAGAUUGUUCAGGUUGUGACGAUGCAGAAACCAAUCUGAGAAGGAGAUUGAGUUUUUCCUGGAUUAUAUCUGGAGUACUCUGGUGUAGUCCGAAACCUUCUUACUCUGAAGCAUAUUCUAGGAAAUCUACCUCUGAUUGAAGCCCAGCCCCCCGGUCCAGGCCUUCUCUCAGCGCUCACAUUAUAAUGCGGCACACAGGGGAUUUGUAGAAGAUGAGGAUUACACCGUCUAGUAGUCUGUGAGUGUGUAAACGUGUGUUUGUCAUGAUGGGGAUUCAUGUUUAUAAAGCUAAAAGGUUAUUUGUUUCACCUUCCUGAACUCAAAAGACAAGCAGCUUACCGGGCCGUCCGCUCCCUCCUUCUCAUUGGUCGACGCUCCACAUCGACAGCGUUACCGUGUCCUGGUUUUGAACCCUUGUAUCACCAGUUCUGCACACGCUGAAAUCUUUUAAGAGUUAAUGGAAAAACCUUCUCUAUUGUGUGAAAUCCAGGUAAUCCAAAGAAAACCAAAUCCUUUCUGAACAACGACCUUUUGUUCAGGCUGCAGCGUUUUAACGCAGAUUGUUUUGACGGCAUGUCAGCAGAGACACGGUGAAGGUGAGAGUGGAUGUGUGCACACCUCACUGUUUUCAUUCUGAGUUCAAUAAAUGUAAAUAAAUAAACUCUGGACUGAUGGUGAUCCCAAGGUUCGAAGAGCACAGUGUUCAUUGUACGGCCGUCUAAUUUAUUUUACAAUUUCAAUGUAAAAUAGUCACAAUAAAUGAUGUAUUCAACUAGGACUGGGCGAUUAGGCAAAAAAUGACCACAACAUAUUUUGUCAAAUCGUCCGAUCUCGAUUAUUAUCAUGAUUUUUUUUUUGUGUUUUUUUUCAAACUGCCAGUUUUAAAGCAUCUGUACUAAAAACUAGAGAUUAGUUCAACAUUUUUAUUAACAUACAAAAACCACUUUAACAGUCCUAUAUGCAACUGUUAUCAACUUUAAUAUGUAGAGGACAAGAUAAGCAAAGACUGCUUUGUCCACAGGGGGCGCCAGAAUCCACUCAACCUGAAAAUUCCUCACUGGAGCUUUAAGCAACUCAAAAACAAAACAAUGAAGAAGCCCAUCUAAUUUCCCAAUGUAGGAAAACUUGAACUUUUAUUAAACUAGGCUGGAGUAAAGGACACGAGGAUGUAGGAAGAGUUGGCGUGUCGGUCCUGUCCUGUUCAGUGUUCCUGCCUCAUGGUCCUCAAACACCGACUCGUACAGUCUAAGUGCAGCUGCUCAGAGGAUGACAUCAUAUUGCAGGGUCUUAUUAAAGGACAGCCAUAAAAACACACUCCCCUUCUUAAUAAUCCAUCCCUCUUUAUUCCUCCUUCACCCCUCCAUCUCUCUCUCUACAUUAUCCAUUUACCUCUCUUUUUUUCAUCCCUCCCUCUGCUGUUCAUUAGUCCUGCUGUCAGUGUGUCUGCAGAUGUAAAAGCAUUUUAUCCUGACUGUUGUAAUAAAAUAUAAUCAUAGAUGUGACUGUUAUCGAUAACAGAACUAAAGUAAAUGAAAUGCUGCGUCUGUCGUUCAUCACGGCUGGAUUUAGAGCCGGCUUUAUCCUCUAACUCGGUCCAGUUCAGCUCAUUCAGUGAGAGUUACAACACGCUGCUUUGAACUGAUGUCAAAACUAAAAGUGAAACAAAAAUAAGAGUGAAAAACCACUUAAUCUGCCCCUUUGAAACUUUUAGGCAUGUCUCCCUCAUCCAUUAUUUCUCCCUUAGACUAAAACGUUAAAUUAUUUAUAGGAAAGUUUGCAGACCUAAAUUACUGCCGCUGGUCAGGCUGGUGCCACGGCGACAUCUGGGGAGAGGAAGUAGACAAUGAUGCAAUGUGUGGACAGAGGUGUCUUAAAAUCCAGCUUUAAAACAGAAAUAUGACACAUUUUCAUCCCAUCUUCAUCCUCAUGAGUGAAACACUUCCUUUAACAGGCAGAAACCUCGAGCAGGACCGGACUUGUGUUAGACAGCCACCUGCAGAGAGACAAAAACUCUGUAUUAAUAUUUCUAUUUGGACUAAAGAAAAGAUGUCACCGCUUCAGAAGUGCUCAGGAUCAAAUUUGACAAAGAAAUCUGAUUCUAUACGAGGAGAAAUCAAUGAUAGUAUCAUCGCAUGUGCAUUAUGACGAGCAGCUUUCUGUGCCGAAGCUGUAAUACGAUCGGCUGAUUUCCUGUCAUGUGUGGAGACACGAAGUCGGGGGGCAGAGGGGUCCAUCCUAAUGACGUUACAGAGACACUGAAAACAUGAAAUGGAGGAUUCAGAUUCAAGAGGCUGCUUUUGGACACAUCUCUGAUGGUUCAUUUCAAAAACAUCCUUUUGACGUGUUUUAGUGUCACUGUUUGGCUUCAGCAGCUGCAGUUGCACGUUUUGAUCAAAGUCUUAACUUGUUAGUUAUAGCAGGGACUCUUUUAUUUAAACUGCACCAGCAUGUCGACCUGCUAUCAGCUACACAGCAUAACAUUACAAUAAUAUCAUAGAAGCAUGCACCCUGCACCUGCAGCAGAGGCAUCCCCCAGUAGACUUUUCUUCUUUUUUUUUCUUUUAAACUAAGUAUGCAAACCUGAAACUUCGAGAGUCAAAGGCAGACUUAGGGCUUCAAAUUACUAAUGGAUGGAGAACUGUUUGGGGUCUCCAAAUUUUUAGCUCAUAAUGUGGGUGACAAGUCUGGACUGUCUGCAGGUAUGCCAGUUUAGCUUCCAGACUCUUCUCUUCUGGAGUCAUGCUGUUGUAAUAACCUGCAGUAUGUGGUUUGUUAUUGUCUUGCUGAUUCCUUGAAAAACACAUUGUCUGGAUGGCAGUGUGUCAUUCAGCGUUAAUGUCGCAUCCCUGGACUGUUCAGGAUGAUGGAUUUUAACUGUUUAAGUUUUUGGAACAGGAUUCAGUCCAUAAUUUUCUACUUUCCUGUAUCAUAUUUUUGUGGUUUCCUUUUUGCAUUGUUCAGUUUUAACCUGCAACAAUCAAACUGCAUUCACAGAAAACGGUUUUAUGAAGUGAUUUUGAGCUCAUGUGGUGAUCUCGACUACAGAGUCAAGUCUGCAUUCGCCUGCAGUGUUGCCUGAUGGCCUGAAGAUAACAUCAAAGUUGUGCACUCACCUGAAGUGUCACCUGUCAAAGAGUGAAGGAGAGUUCAGGGAGGUGUGUGUGCGUCACUCCAGAGUGUGUGUGUGUUUACGUACGUCAGGUGAGGGUGUGUAUGGAGGCAGGUCUGGGCAGUUGGGUGGGGUCAGGUUGAUGACAGUUCAUCAGGAAGGAGAAGAGAGGAAAAUCACAGAGGACAGACGGAGACGGAGGAGUGUGUUUGUGAGAGAAAGAAAGAAAGAGUGUGUGAACAUGUCAGAGAGUUUCUGUGCGGAUUGAUAAAACCUGACUGUGUGUGUGUUUGGUAUGACGAGUGUGUUUGAAGGAGGGAGGAAGACGGAGCCAUGCAGAGACCGAGCAGCUGUCAUGUAAGUGUGUGUGCAUGUGUGUGUGUGUGUGUGUGUGGAGCAGGUGGUUGUGCUGAUUCUGCAUCCUGUCAAACUCAGAGCAGCUCCUUGUCCUUCACUUUUCUUCAGUUUCUCUGAUUCUCGUACUCGGUUUGUGGGCACUAAACUGUCAGAUCGGUGUUUGAAUAAGAUCAAACCCUCAGCAGGCCUGUAGUUGAUGUUUCAGUGACCUUUAAUUACCGAGAUUUUUCAUUCUGGCGUUCAGGGGUAUGAUUUACUGCUGUUGGUUUUACAGAUUGUGGAGUCCUCAGAGUCAAAUUAGUCAAGUUAACUUCACUCUGAGUCUCGUUGCUGUUGCCUUUACUUUUGCUUUCUGUUGCACAUGUUUCAUUAUCAUCACAUUUUGAAGAGCUGCAGCUAGCUGUGCUAACUGCUCUGAUUAUUUACUUUAUAAACUUGGAUGCUACACAUGCAAUUCUUCCACAUUUGAGGAUAAAAUUGAUGUUUCUCCAGUGAAAUUUCUUGCUUAUAUAAUCACAAAGGUUUGAAAAAGCAAGGAUCUAUGAUUUGAUACACAUUGGAGCAGUUUUUGUUAAAUACUUAGGUGAUAAUACGUAGGUGAUAAACAAAGUAAAAGAGACUGAAAAAGUAAUGUAUUAUGGUCCUUACUCAUGCAGUAGUAUCAUUGCUGCUCUUAACUUUGACUCCUGUAACGACUUUUUCAGUCCUGGUGUUGGUUUUUUAGGGCAUUUGGUAAUCUGCAGUGAUGUACAUAAUAGUUCUGCAAUCUAUUAGUAAUUAAAGCAUCCCUAUACCCUUAAAUAAACAACAACGUGGACCAUGCAUUUGUUUUUUUGGCCUUAUAUUGUAUAACAUGUUAGCAGAGCACUUUUUAAUGUGACGUCUUGCCUAUCCAGUCCCAUCAUCCUGAUUUUUGUCCUUUUUUUUACCUUUUUACUCGUCUGACAUUCACCCGCUUACUGAUUUAAUGUCGUGUCGUCAGGCUGGUGCAACAGGUGUGAUAUUUAUCGUCACCCUGAGCUUUGACCUCGGCUCUGUUUGUUUUGUGGAAGAGGGAACUGCUGUAAAUUUUACGAUCAUGUGGUUUAGAGAAUCACAUAAACUCUUUAAAAUCACCAAAUGCUCGGAGCUGUGCAGCGUUGAAUGAAUAAAGAAGCUAUCUUCUAUUUUAUGUGUGUUUUUCUUCUAAAAAAUGGCCUCACUGACUCCUGUUUUGUGUUUAUUUUCUCUCCGCAGUUCUCCAGAGAUCAGUUCAUCCUGGACUGUCCCUCAGAGAAACUCCGCAGAGAGCUGGAGGAGGAACUGAAGAUGAACUGUGAGGAGCCCAGGAGCCACGCGUGGUACCACGGAGCCAUACCCAGACAGGUAACACACACACACACACACAUACAUAAAUCUGAGUCAUGAGUCCCUCCCUGUUAAACCCGGUUAAAAACUUGUUGAACCAGAUCACCUAUUAUUAGACCUGCUGCAUACACAUGCUUACAGACAGAUUAUAGCUUAAAUAUCGGCCUCUGCAGCAGAGCCGGGUUAUAUCGUGAGGUCAGGGUAUAAAAAGCUCUUUCUCUAUAGUGCAUGUGUGUGUGCAUAUGUGUGAGUAAGACAGGGAGAUUGUGUGUUCCCCUAAAAGCCCGCGCUGAGAUGUAAUCAUUUUUAAUAAGCUGCUUCCUUUGGCUAAACUAAACUACCAUUAUGUCCUAUACAAACACGAGCUUAAUUAAAGUCUGUAACUCUGUGUCAGGGCUGAGAGUGUGUGUGAGAGAGCAGAAAGAGGGGGUGUAUGAAACAAGACUGUGAUAGAUGCAGGAAUGAAGAGACAUUUUAAGGAUUAGUUGUUCAUUUUCAACCAAACCUCAUUCAGAUUUUUGUGGAUUUUGUGCCUCAGGCCGUCCAACAGCUGUUCUUGUAAUCGAGCUUUGAUUCACUGUGUUUAUAAGAAGAGCUCUCAUUAAAUAUGGAUACAGAACACUGACAAAUACUCAAUAUGACAAACUCUAACCAACUGUUCAGAAAAGCAUAAUUAGUCUAUUUAAACAGGUGUCAGAGAGAGAGACGUAAAUUUAACUCUGAGAAAAGACUGACAUGACCAAAAGUUUGAAAUUAUGAGAAUAAAGUUGUUAAUUUACAAAAAUAAAGUCAUUACUAAUGAGAAUAAAGUCGUAAUAAAGUAAUUAUGAUACUUGUGAUAAUGUUGUGCUGAUGUGCCAAAAAAUUAAGUAUCUCCUUCUGUGAGAAACUGAUAUUGAAGAACAUUUUCAAGAAAUGCUCCAUGGCUCUAAUUUCAACAACCGUCAUCUUAAACAGCAGGUUAGAAUUUAAGGACUUUAUUAUGACUUUUUUAACCUCAAAAUUCCGAUUUUUUAAAUCUCGAAAUUUCAAAGUUUUCAUUUCGACUUUUUUAAAAAUUCGACUUUAAUCUCGAAAUGGAGAUUAAAAAAAUCUCCCUUCUGUAAUUAUCUUUUUCUCUUCUUGUGGCCUCAAUCCUCUUUCGUACAAACAUUAUUGUUUUUGUUUUCCAGGGCUGCUAAUAAAACUGACAAAAAAAAUGAUAAAACAAAACACAAAAUCUAACACAAAACUGCAUAAUUGCAUAAUCUGCAUUUUUCACAUGAAAGUUUUUCUCUCUUUAAAAAGAUAAGUGCAAUAAUAAGCAGUUAUGUCUUAUGUAACAGCUGAGAACCAGCUGAACCGAGCUCUUCAAGACGAUAACAGCACAACAGGCUCCCACUGUAACUUUGAAUAAAGUGUUUAGACUAUAAACACACACUGUGUGCAUGUGUGUGUGUGUUUUUGUGUGUGUGCGACCGUUUGUAACCCUGUGUGUCCUUUUCCAGGUUGCAGAAAACUUGGUGCAGCGUGACGGGGAUUUCCUGAUCCGUGAUUCGCUGUCCAGUCCAGGAAGUUAUGUUCUGACCAGCCAAUGGAGGAACGCUGCUCAGCACUUUAAAAUCAACAAGAAGGUAAAAAAAAAAUAUGGAGGACUUACAGUCAGGUGAACAGUGUCAGGGUUCCUACACAGUUGAAAUUUACACAUUUUUCCUUACCCUACCUCUUAGAAAUACCUACUUUUAUAUCUUAGAAAACAAUAUUUUAGAACUGUGGUAAUAGUCUUGAAACAUAAAUACUUUUUCAUACUUUAUUUUUUCAUUUUCCAUACUUUUUAAGACCUGGAAAUUUAUGUCCAUACUUUCCAUACUUGCGUAGGAACCCUGAAUGUGGUCUUGUCAUGGUCUUGUGAAUGACUGUACUGCCCCAUAAAGCAGAAUCAUCUCCAAAAAUAUGAGCUUUAGUGAUUUAAUGUCCAUGUCUGUUAUAUCAGUGGACAGCCCCACUGAUCUAUACAGCGCUGCAUGAAUGUAGGACAAGUUUUGCAGCAAGUGAGGCAGACUAAUGCUGCAUUUUAUAGGAAAACUUUUGCAAAUGUAGCAGAAACAUGAAAAAAAAGUGAAAAAGUCAUUUUUAAGUGUAUAUGCUCAAAAACAGACAGAAGCAGACCUUUAGACACAAACUGCCGCAGAGACAUGGUGAUGUUCUGAUCAUUAGGAGGAUCACUGAUCGUAAAAACAAAUAAUAACCACAAAAUUCAUUUCUUCUUCAGGUUGUGAUGUUGAACGAAGCUUACUCCAGAGUGGAGUAUCGAAUAGACAGAGAAGGGUUCGACAGCGUCCCUGCUCUCAUCAGAUACUACGUCGGGAACAGGAAACCCGUUUCUCAGGUGGGUGGAGUCAUUAUUUACAUAUAUUUGAGUUCAUAGUGGUGGUUUGUUGUCGAUUAAUGCAGUCAUUAUUUUUAAGAUCCAGUCUGAUCUUACUUUGUGGUUUUUCUUAAUCUCUUUUCUCGUAUCUGUCGAUUUCAGGUGGUCGGAGCCAUCAUCUUCCAGCCCAUCAACAGAGCGCUGCCUCUGCGCUGCCUGGAGGAGAAGUACGGGCUGCCCAGCAACCACAGGGAGGCGGGGCUUACGGCACAGGACAAGCGGAGUCAGAAGCGCCUCAGCCUCAACAUCACCAACGGACACGCGCAUGAUAACACGCACAACGCGCAAGAGAGCACGCACUGUCGAGAGAACGGCAUGAGCAGAGGAGCUCAGCUCAGGUUAGUCCAGACUGAAGCGUCCCUCUGUCAGAGACGCCUCAAAAACCUCCGAGAAAAAUGGAAAAUUGGACAUCAGCCUAAACAAACUGUCUGAUUCUGUACGCCGAACAGCCCCCUCCUCUCAAUCUCAAACCUCUUCCUGCUGUGAAGCUUUUAACUCGAACCCUCGAGCUAUUUUAAUCCAUCACCCAAAAAAAAUAAAGAAAGCGCGUAAUUUCACGCUGCGUAAAAUUCAUUGAGCGUGAUGCCCGGAGUCUGUGUCCGUCUGAGGAAAGAGUGGGAGCCAGAGGAAAAUAGAGAUGUGGGUUUAAAGGGUCUGUAAGAGAAGUGCGAGUAUUUUCAUGGAUGUUAACUUUCUGCGCCCCUCUUCUCCUCUCAGGUUGAAGGAUCGCUGUGGCAGCCAACCGGCGAGUCUCAAUCAGGUCCAGGAGAGGAGGCGUCCGCUCAAAGCUCAUCAGUCAGAGAGCUACCUGCCUCUGGGUGAGUAAAGGUUGGAUUAGAGAGGACUGAGAAAUUAAACUGUUCGUGCACGAAGGUCUAAAUAACAGAACGGAUUUUUGUUUAUGUCAUUUAUGUCUUUGCAUGUAGAUAAAAUAAAGUCAGCAUUUUAUUUUACUUCUCUUUAGCAAAGAGACUAAACACAACUCUCUCCUACUCUCUUCCGGCAGCCACUUGUUUGUAGCGAGACCUCAGGCCAGUCCAUUAUGGACUACAGCGGGGUGACGCAGCUCAAGGAAGAACAUUUAUGAUCAUUUCUUCAUGGAAAUACAAUCAGACUGAGACGCUAAGACAGAAGAACUACCGAAUCUGCAGUGAAAAAUGAUUAAUAUGAUGAUUAUUACCUCAAGAAAAUGAUAAAGAAAUGAUCAUAAAUGUUCUUCCUUGAGCUGCGGCACCCCACUGUCACAAACAAGCAGCUGCUGGAAGAGAGUAGGUGAGUUGUGUUUAGUCUCUUUGUUAAAGAAAUCAUUCAAAGUUAAAAAGAUGUUUGGUGUCUAGUACUAUGUCUGUGACCCUCUAUGUCCUGUUGAUGAAGUUAGGUGCUGUUCUGAGCAUUAUUUGUGGCUAUAGAGUGGCGUUCCCUGUGUAUUUCUAUCCUGCGGUCGUUACUAAAGUUAGUAUAACUAGAGAAUCAAGCGGUCGGCAACAUUCAUCUCUCGAGGCGGUGUCUAACCCGGUGUUACAGCGUGUUUUUACCCUAAAUUAAUUUUACGCUGGAAUAUCCCUUUAACUCCACUAUGUUAAUUCCUGCUGCACUUACAACAGCUGGCCAGUGGGUGGCAGUGUUCAGAGUGACAUAUUAACACCCAGUGAUAGAAAACAGCUACUGUAGUGACCGUUAUUUAUAAAACGUUUAAAAAAAAAAGUCCUUCUGAGAACAUCUAAACGUUGAAGAUCUGCUCCUCACAGACGGAGGUCUGCAGGUUUAUGAAAGUAGAACAGUCUCACUAACUGUCUCAUUAAAACUGAACUGUGUAUGUUGUUUUUUAAAGCUUUGAUGAAUUUUCAAAGGUUCGCUCUGCUUUGUUUGACAUAUUGUGUUUCAGUCCUGCAGGAAGGCUGCAGGCUAUCUCUGCACUUUUUAUGUGUCAUUAUUUGUUGUCGGUGUCUUUGUUUGACACGCUUUUAUUCUCUUUCUGUCAUGUGGUUUAUAAUAACUAUUUAAAUUCAAAGAGCUGAGGGUGUUUUGUUCACUCAUUUACAUGAAUCCUUCCUCUUCUACUUUUUGUUUAUUAAAUGAAGAACGUUUUGUUUGCACGCUCGUCUUGUUUGUCUUUGUUCUGAUGUUUUCUGUCGCCUCCUUUUCUCCUCCAGGAUCCAAACCUCAGCCCCAGCAGCCUCCUGACCCUCUGCUCACGAGUCCCAGCCCCAAGUCUCCGGUAUUUCGGACGGGCAGUGAGCCGGUGCUGAGUCCCUCUGUCGCUCGGAGAUCUGCAGAACCUCUGGCAGGUUUGUAAACUUAGAGACCAAAUUUACAUUCAAACAAAAAAACCUUUAAAAAGUUGAGAAAUUGCACUUUAUCGGAUGUUAUCUCGGCCUAAUUUCCCUCUGAUUGUUUAUGUUUGAUUCCAGUAAUAACUCAGUCUAAUGAGAGGUGUUUUUUCUGUGAUUUCAGGUCAGGCCAUUCGAGGAUCAGACAGUCAGCUGUGCCCUAAACCGCCUCCUAAACCCAGUAAGGUUCCUCUGGCUCGCCUGACUCGCUCCCCGUGCCUACAGCCUCUGCUGCCCCCCUGCAGCUCCUCCAACCUCUCAGACUCCUCCGGCUCCUCCAGGAUCACUACGUCUCCUCUGGACUCCUCGUGCAUGGACCCUUGGAAGAGCGCAGGUGACUUAAUUCUCCAUCAAACUCCUUUAGUACAUUAACACCUGAAGAAAACAUGAGCGAAACAUUUUACUCAGGAGUUUUAACAUGAAGUUGAUAGUUAUUGACUCAUUUUUGGAGCAGGCCUCGAGUGGCCACUUAAGGUACUGCACCUUCUCCUGUUCAGUUGCAGUGAUUCUUCUUCUCUCUCACCAUGAAUGACUGUGAUUGUUCUCCACAGUCCCCACAGGUCCUCCUGUACCUCCAGUCAAACCCCUGAAGUUCCAGCAUCAGCUCCUCUCCACAGACUCCAACAGCUCCUCCGCUUCCAUCCUCUCUCCUCCUGAGCUCGUCCUGACUCCAGAACCAGGAUGGACCGAGCGCCUGCAGCCGAGUCCUGCUGACCCGAGAUCCUACAGCCCGCUAGAGAGGAAGGAUUCGAACUCACUGAGCCCGCUCACAGAUAACGCUCUGCACCUUCAGCCCCCGCUCUGCAGCUAUGUGGAGCGACUGAAGAGAGAGGGCGAGAGCACAGGAGACGGCACGGAGCAGGACGCAGGAGGGAGGAGAGGAUUGGACAGGAGCUCCUACCAUCACGCCAUCGCCGCUUUAGAGAACACCAGCGAGGAAGAGGAGGAGGAUUUAGGGAGGGAAGAGGAGGAAGGGGAGGAAGGAGAAGAGAAGAAGAAGGCGAGUAAGAGGAUCAGUUUCCUGCGGCCGGUAAUUGAGACGGAGUCGACGUUCAGGCCGGCAGAUUUCGGGUCUCGACUUCUGCCGGCGGAGAACAAACCUCUGGAGAUGGUGGUGCUGAAGAAGGCGAAGGAGCUGCUGCUGAAACACAACCACCACAGUUUAGCAAGACACCUGCUGCUGGCCGACUGCCAGGUACACACACACACGCACCCUAACCGUGCCCUAACCGAGCGUUGAGGUUGAAUAUUUUGGAUUUAAACAUGUUUACUGCUGCUGUCACACAUAAACCCUCCAUGACUGACUCACUGAAUCAGAUUUAGUGAAACUGAUGCAAUCAAAUGAUCGUCCUGACGCAGGAAAAUAUCAACACUGAACCGGUUUACACCUGAACAGCAAACACACACUCAGGAACACAGAGACUAAAACGAUAAAUAGAUGACUGAGGUUUCUUUGUCAACAGGUGGCGCGGAUCCUCGGUGUGACUCCGGAGCUCAAAGGUCAGAUGGGCGUGGCCUCCGGUCUAGAGCUGGUGACUCUGCCGCACGGCCGGCAGCUGAGGCUGGACCUCAUGGAAAGGUAAACAUGUGACACACGUCAGACACACAUCGCACACACACAUAAAAAGUCAUUGUAUAGUAUGUUAAAAAAAUUCAUAGUAAAGUAUAUAUAAAAAACAUCAUAUGAUAGUAUGAUAAAAAUUUCUUAUUUUAUUUUAGUGUAAACAAAAAUGUCAUAUUUGAGUAUGAAAUUAAAUGUCAUGAUAUAGUAUAAUAAAAAUUUACUAUUUUAGUGUAAAAAAAAAAAUCAAAUUUUAGGAUAAUAAAUGUCAUUGUAUGAUAUAAUUUAAAAUUCAUAUUUUGGUGCAAAAAAAAAAAUCUUAUUUUAGUAUGAAAAAGAGAUGUCAUAGUAUAGUAUGAUAAAAAAGUCAGAUUAUAGUAUGUUAGCUCAGUAAGAUUUGAGUUUCUUGCAGUGUGUCCUUGCUCUAUCCAAAGAUAAUCAACAAACUUUUAUUAAAAUUAUCUUUUUUUGAGGAUUUGUUCCUCUGACUGAGACGUAAAGGAUGGUUUCUGUUUGAAUUUAUUUGCACUAAAGCAGAUUUCUUUUUGUUAAAAAUUGAAAUUAAAUCCAGUGAAAUUUUUACUUUAUAAAUAUGAGAUGAAAUGAUCAAAUUCAGUUAAUCAGUUAUGCAUCCCAAAAUGUUAAACUGUUAUUUUUAGCUUGAAAAUUUACUCUAAAAGGGUCAAAAAAGUUAAAAAAUAAUAAUCUCAUUUGUCUCUCAGGCACCACACCAUGGCCAUAGGUGUAGCUGUGGAUAUUCUCGGAUGUACCGGCAGCGUUGAGGAGCGAGCCUCCACCUUAAACCGGAUCAUUCUGGUCGCCGUGGAGCUGAAGGACACGGUUGGGGACCUGUUUGCUUUCACCGCCCUCAUGAAAGCUCUGGAUCUGCCUCAGGUAACACACAAACAGAUACCCAAACCUCAGCAGAUCAAGAAUGAAACCGUCUGAUAGAACCGAGACUCACGAGUGAAUCUCUCUCUGCAGAUCAGUCGACUGGAGGAAACCUGGACGGCUUUACGAAGGAACUACACACAGACCGCCAUCAGCUACGAGAAGAUCCUGAAACCUUUUUACAAGAAUCUGUACGAGGGCACAGGUACUGUUCAUAAACGUUAAAUUAAACUUUAGUCGAGGUUUCUUUAAUAAUAAAAUACUGAUUAAAAUACUCCUCUCCUCUCACAGCUUCCCCUCCACCCGCGGUCUGCGUCCCCCUUCUGCUGCCCCUCCUCACUUUGAUGGAGCGUCCGUCAAUCACACCUGAAGGGGCGGAGCUGUGGGAGACCAGCGACCAGGGUUGUGACAUCAUGCUGCGCCACCUGGAGGCUGCGCGGGAUGUAGCACACAACGCUCAGAGCUACACGACAAAUGCAGAGAAGAUCCUUAACGGUAAAAUAGAAAACUUUUUAAUACGUCGUCUUUUUAUAAAUUUUUCUGAGCCUCAUAAUUUUUGUUUGUUUUUCAGAUUUUCAGAGCGAUGAAGACCUCCUGGAGGUGUUUAAAACAGACUUUCAGCUGCGGCUGCUGUGGGGGAGCCGAGGAGCUUCCGUCAACCAAUCAGAUCGCUACAACAAAUUCAACCUCAUCCUCACGGCGUUGUCACGGAAACUGGAGCCCCCACCCACAACGCAAACCUUAAUCUGA